UUUCAGUUUAACGUCCGUUCAAAAAGUUCUAUUUUACUGUAAACAGUGACGCGCACCAACAAUAAUAUUGUACACCCCCUGCCACCGUCAGUGCAAAACUAUUUAUAGACAUAAUUAUACAUUAUACCUGAGUCUGCGGUAUACCGACUCGUCGUCGUCGUCGUUGAAAGCGGUUUGGCCAUCAUGGAGACGGACAGCAAUAGCGACAACGAAAUGGUGCCGACCGCCGCUCAGAUACCGCCCUACAGCCGGGCCAACAUCGAGAUGCUCAUCAGGAGACACCAGGCCGCCGUCACGGCCUUAGGUCUUGCGUUCAACGGGCCACCGCACUGCAGGCCAACGGUGAUGCAGGCCAAUGUGGCCACGUCCGUGCCCGCGCCCAAACACCACACCAUCGACGCCAUACUCGGUCUCAAGAGGGACCAACAGAAAGACCAAGAAUCCGGAGGCAAGUAUUAUCUACAUUAUAUUAUUACGAGUUAGACUUCUUAAACGAACAUAUAGGAAUAGACCUCAACUUGCACGUGUGCAAAAAAUUUCAAAACUUUUAAACGGUUGACAUACUAUCGAAUAUAAAAGUCGCAGAGUCGUGACGAUGUAAAUAUUUUCGGACUCCGUCCCAAAAGCGGAAAUGAUACGUCAACGAUUAUACACUUUACUGACCUACUCUAAGACCAGUCUAUAUUAGUCUUUUAUGUUCCAAAUACGUCAUAAUAUAAUCAUUCAUAAUAAUCGACUUGGGCGAUUAUUUUAAGUCUUCGAAAUCUUAUACGAUAAUAUACCUAUCUCCUUCUGUAUUCCAUUACGCAGGUCGGUCAGAUGGAAUCUUAUUCGCACGCUUCACAUCUCCCCGUCUCAUCACAAUUACCCUCACAUGUCUCAUACGUACUCCACAUGUCCUAAAAUGAUUUCUCUUUUUAUAUUUAAUUGUACAUAAUUUACGCACACACACACACACAUAUAUAUUCUUUUUAAUAAAUUAACGAGUACUUGAACUCCGCGAAUUAUAUUAUUAUCUACUUUCCGUGUAUAGGGUUUAUAUAUGGUGGGUAAUUUCCAAGUUGAGCAAAAUAUACGAUUACGUUGAAAUCCCGGGGUGGGGAAGGGGUUAUUUCGCGUCCGUGUUCCCAAUUGUUGCAUACAUAAUAACAUAUACUUAUAUAUUUAAUAUAUUUAAUUUGCGUGUACGUAAUUCAAUUAUAACGUCCGCCGCGCGAGAAGACGUCUUUGUCGUCGCGAUGUGCUGUGACGCGGAUAUUAGGUGCCCGACGAGCUAUACGGUCUCGGGUCGGAAAAAACCUCCGUGUUCGUAUAUACGCGUAUCCUAUAUACUUACUUAUUACUUAUACUUCUACUUCUAUAUAAUUAUAAUUAUACUAUGUAUAUAUAAAUAAAACAGGUAAUUGUUUCAGUGAACCGCCAGAGGGAGGAAAUGCGUUUUCAAGCCCAUUUGUUUUUAAUCACUUUUCCUGCGCGCAGUUCCUCUGUUUCUUCGCCCGACACGACGUCGUCGUCCCGCGCGCGCGUUUGUUUUUGUUUCGAUAAUAACAAUAAUAAUAUACUAUACCUGUAUAUAAAUAAACGUAUACGCGUACUUACUUUUAAAAGUUUAAACGUCGUCGUCGUCGCAGUAAUGCCGUAAAAUGCCGUCCCAAUUACCGCCGUUAUUUCCCCUUUUUGUUAGUCGCGCGCUCACGCAUUCUCCACCGCUCUAUACGGCCGCUUAAUUGAGACCGAAAGCGCAUAUACGACUGUACUUUUAUCGUACAUAUAAUAUACUUAUACAGUACUUGUACACUACGAAAUAAAUUACUUUUGUCUCUCCGUCUCUAAAUAUAUUUGUCCCUCUCUAUAUGCAGUUUAUCGUGCAGUGUCUACAAGAGUUCCAAAGCCGAAUUUCAAUAAUAAUAAUAAUAGUAGUAGUAGAAAAAACAACAUAAAAACGCGUGCCACGGUCCCAUAAGGCGAUAUCAAUUUCGGAAUUGUAAUUCGGACGUGUUUUUUUUUUUACCCUUCGCUAUACUAAUUUUUCGUAGCAUACCUGCUCGUACGCCGCAUAUUAUUAACGUGCAGCCUACGCCGUAUGAUAUACAUACCCGUCCAUAUUAUAUUAUUCACUGCAGCGAUAAUUAUAAUAAUAUAUCUGUCGUCCCGGCGGAAUUAAUUAAUCAAUUACCGACGAAACAUCACACACGCAAACACCAUGCACUGCACAAAUCGGUCGUGCGCGUUAUUAUCCUACGGAAGUAAUAUAAUAAUGUUAUAAUUUAUAUUUCAUAAUAAUAAUAAUAAACGUAUACGCAGACGUUAUUAUGUACGGUUAGGGUUAUACCUACCUAGGUAUAUGGGCACCGUGACCCUGGUUUAUACCGGGAAAAUGGAAAAGUAUAUAAUAUUAUUGUAUACAGACAGAUACGCGUCAUAUUAUUAUAUACAUGGCGGCGAGGGGAACCGAGUGUGAGUAUUAGGUUUGUGUUUGUGUGCGUUAUUAUUGUAUUUAAAGGGGAGAGAAAAAAAAUAAUAAAAAUACGGACCGUGUCUAGCGAAAAGCCUAAUUCGUGCGCUAUCGACGCCGCGUUAUCGGUUCGCGUGUCGUUGGAUCGUAUAAUAAUAUUAUAAUUACGAACAAUUAAAUUGAUUAAAACAUAAUAUUUUUUUAAUCAGCCGUCUUAUCAGCCACCGCGCGCCGUUCCAAUUAUUAAUUAAAAUAUCGAAAAAAAAAAAAAAAAUAAAAAUAAAAUAAAUGCGCAAAAAAAAUUGUCCGCCUCCUUCCAUACCCUGUGCGUUAUUCCCGCUGCUCGUGAUCGCACGUUUAUAUAACACAAUGUGGGCACAGUAGGUAAUUUUGUUUUUUUGUUUUUUUGCAUACAACACCGUCUUAACAUAAUAUUAGGAUGCGCACAGAGUCUAUAUUAUUAUAUAUAAUAAUAUAAUACUACUAUAAGCUUAUACAAUAUAAUUUUAAAAAAUUGUGCAUCGCCUAUAUCGCAGUCCCGCGUAUACUUUCAACUUGUUCGCGUAAUGCAAUGAUAAUAAUAGCAGUCCGAUGAAUUGAACGGUAAACGGACAGAUUUGGGCCGUAUUCUAUGAUAAAUAAUAAUAUAAUAAUAACGAGCGAUGGUUAAAUGGAAUCUGAUUAAAUAACCGAUUAUUUAGAAUAUUAUUUACAUAUCAUUACAUGCGUAUAUGUACACAAUAUUACAAUACGAUAAUUAUGCAUAUCGAAACAUGUGAUAAACUUCAGAUAACAAACAUAAGUGUGAUGUGGUGUAUGUGUAAUUACAAUAUGAUGGACAAUUCCCCCCCACUCUCCCCCGGUAUUUGAUAAUAAUUUGCGUGACAUAAUAUUAAGACUUGGUAUACAUUCAUCGGAAUAAAAUAAUUAUUCAUCAAUCGUUAAUUUACUUGUAUUUUACGUUCUUAUCGGUAUAUUAUUAUCAGUAAGGGCGCGAACUUUCUGUACCAUCAUGGGUAAGUCCGGCGAAAUUAUAAUGAUGCACUCACCUAAUCGACCAUUUAUUGAAACCACCAUUCCUGAAUUUUUCAUUAAAAAAAAAAAAAAUUACAUAAUUAUAUUGCAUUGGUGUUAUUAAACAAACUGUCUUUUCCAAAUCAAACUAAACAAUUAAUAAGCUUAUAAGCUACCAGAUUCUGAUUCCAGCGUCUACAAAUUCUUUUUGAGUCAAAUAUUAUAUUCUCUUCCUUGUCCAAAAAAGGUGAUUUGUAUCGCCUUGUCGGAAAUACCGGUUGUCAUCAGCGAAUAAGUGUACAUACAUUCCAUUUAGUUAUCUACUGACUAUCAUUUAGCUAACCUAGCCACUCAACCACUAAUUAACUCUCUAUUUAAAAACUCUUGCACCAAUAAAAUGGGUCUAUGUUGUUAAACAAAACUAUUAAGAGCCUAAAAGCCUGUUUUUUAACGAAUAAAGGUGUUCAGAAGUGAAAAUCUAAAAUUCAAGUGUGAACAUUCAUAAUGAAAUUUUUGCUUGUAGAUGAUAAUAUUAACUGUCAGAAUACGGAUCCAAACGUUUAUGCUCAACAUUUUCGAUCUCUAUACGUGCUAUAUAUAAAUUAAUCUCAAAAUCGAUGUAAUAGUAUUACCAACAUUUGUUGUCAGAUGUUCCCCUCUUAUUAAAAAUAGUAUAUCAACUAUAGGAAUUUCAAAAAAAUUAGCUUCUGAAUGUACCAAUUAUACUUGUAGAAUAAAAAAUGCUACCAGAAACCCCUAUUAAUGUGUUUUGUUCGGAUAGUCUUUCUAAACUGCAGAAAGAAGAGCAUUUUACGGAACGCCUAUUUAAAUACUGAUGUACUUGUAUAAACAAAUUUAAAAUUUUUUUUAAAUUUUUAAAUGAAUUUCGAAUUUAUAAAAAAUAUACUCGCAAAUAAUCUAUGCUUUUUUUUAAAAAUUAUAUCAAUUAGAAAAUUAUAAAUUACCGGUAUUUCUUGUCGUUUUAUGCGAUCCUUUAUAAAAUUUGUAUCGUUUUUAUGUAUAUGACACGCGACUGCUGCAGACAGCAACCAUACUGCAAUUCGAUUUUUGUUUUGUUUUUAAUUACGCAAUAUUAAUCAAUAACGUUAUUAAUUAUUACGGUGCCCCACGAUGCAUCGCUGGCGUGCGCAUUUAUAAUGGCUUCAAAAAAAAGUUCUGGUAUUAUCGCAGUGCAAGCACAAACGGUUGCCUUGGCGUCAUCGAUCACUCCGAGUAUAAUAAGUACGUCAAUUCCACCGUUUGCUUCUGUGUCGAUUCAUAAUAUGUUUAAUAACACAUUACUCGCAUACCUUUCGGGACAUCUUUUAAGUAGGUUUUCUGUAUUUAAUGGAUACUCAAUAAAGUCAAUUGGCCAUCAAUUUAUGUUUUAUAUAAUUAGGUAUGCAGAGAGAUUUUGCUCACUGUGUGUUCAUUUAUGUACAGAAAAUUAAAUGGUCAACUAUUAAAUUAUAGUAGAUUUCGUAAUGGCUAUUGUAUAGUUUAAAUAAGCAAUACUCUAAUUUGUGGGGAGGGGGAGUGGUUAAACGAGGAAAGAAAUGUAAAAGGUGUGGUAAAAGUUUUGGUCUAUGGAAUAUUUUUAAGGGAGAGAGCAGUGAGCACGCAGUGGUUAUUCAAAGAAAAAAUGUCCUAAUAAUAAUAAAUAGCGCUUACUCAUAUCAAAUAAUAAUAAUAAUAUAAUGUAAUUUACUCGUUUAUAAGCUGUAUAAAUUCGGUAUGUACAUGCAUACGUAAAAUAUAGGAUAUUCGUAUAGUAUUGUUUUUCGUGCACGUGUACCGGAUUCGGUACAUUGUGGUCCAAUUUGAUCCUCGCGGUUAUUGCGGUACUCAUAUGCAUUAUACCAACAUAUUAUUAUAAUGACAGGGCUGUGAAUCACCGCCGUUUUCUUCUAUACGUGUUAUAGAAUUUAAUCCCGAAAAUAGUUCAGUAUAGAUGUACAUAUAUAUAUAUAUAUAUAUAUGAAUUAUAUCUAAGAGGUAUAUAUAUAUAUUAUUUUUUUUAGCUUCUGAACGUAGCGAAGAAUAUUUUAGUUUUACUAUGUAUGAAUAUUUUUUCCUCCAAUUAUAAUAUAUAAAUGAUAUAAAUUAAAUAAACUGAUUUAACUAACAUAGCUUUCCAAUUUUUUUUUUUUUAAUGGUUUGAUAAACUAAAAAAGAACACAAAUUUUCUCUGAUUUUUAUUACGGUGUAUGUGUCCAAUCGAAAACUACUUCAACAUUUUUUUUUCAACACAAAUAUUUUAGUACGUAUCUACGUAUAUUCUUAUGGUAUUUUUUAUAUUUUCUAAUAUUUCGUAAAACUUAUUUACCAUAUCAAUUCGUUUAUACAAAUUAAUAGAGUAGGAAUUAAGUUAAAUUACUUUUAUAGUUAAUUAUUUUUUGUAUAACUUUUAUAAUCAUAUAAGAUUUAUUUUGCAAUUUUUUUAAUUUAAAAAAAAAAAAAUUAUAUUAUCGAAUUAUAUUAUAUUAUUGUUGAUUGUUAUAAGUAUUUAAGAAUUAAUCAAUAUUGUAUUAUCUUAAUGAAUAUUAAAUUGUCAAUAAUAAUUAUGGUGUAUAGAAAAUACUUGGAAUUUUGCGUAUAUACACUUUACUAUCGAAUUUUACAUUAUAUCAAUUAUACUUCCCGAUAUUUCCAACUGCAGCAUGAAUAAUGACGAUAAUACCAAGUACAAUGUUAAUAAUUGUUCUUUGAAUUUGUAUGUUUUUUAAUUUAUAAUAAUAUAAGUAAUAAUCCUAUGACGCGCAGUGCAGUGUGUUGCACCGUUUAUAUAACAUUGCAACACACAAGUGCAUAGAGAUUAUUCAUAUAUAAAUAUAUAUAUAUAUAUUCGUAUAUACUAGGUAUACCUACUCGUGUUUUUAAUAUUUAAGAGAUUUUGGUUUUCAGACGAAUAUAACUUUUAAAAAUAUUUCAAUGAUGCGUUGAGGUUUCAUUUGAAAAAUAAAUAUAUUGUAUAUUAUAUAUACUUAUAGGUAAUUCAAGUAGGGUCAGAUUAGGUUAUGAGGAUAUUAGAUUUUGGUUUUAUAAGUCAUCGCAUAUUGAUCAGUUCAAAUAAUGUUUACCAUCAUUUUAUAAACGAAUAUAUAAUGUAAUAUUAUAAAUAUUAUAUUGAUAUAUAACCUUUUUGCAAUAACGUAAUAUGAUUUGAUUUUUUUUUUUUUAUUAAAAAUAAAUUUUUUGAAUAAUUUCCUGUACAAAUUAUGUAUUACAUAUAGAGGACAUUCAGGAAUUAAAUAAAACGGAACAAUAGUAAAAGUGUAUAUAAACGCGGUGAUAUUGUAAUAGAAAAGAAGAGAUACACUAUAAUAUAAUACACACAUUAUAUAAAAAUACAAUAAAAUAAAAAAAACUAAACGUUUCGUAUUUCACAACAAAAAUUCUUGAUGAGUUCAUUAUAAUAAUACGUAUAUAGAUACAUACAAUUUGAUUUAUUUAUCAGCGAAUUUUUAACAACUUAACAGAAAAAAAAACACGUUUCUUUUCAAAUGUCAGUGGUCAUUUUCAAAAUCAUUCUCAUUAUGACACUCUUAAUAUCGUUAAAACGCAUACAGUUCGUAAUUUUAAUAUCUAAAUUCUAUUGAAAUGUAUAAUAUUAUAAUUUAGCCAUGCUUUCCAAAAUUUAACUGAACGAUGGAUCUGUUGAAAAGUUGUUGAAUAAUGGAACAUGUUUUGAUUGCAAUAUUAUUCCUUUGUUAUCAAAUAUAUUAGGUUAUAUAAUAUAAUAGGCUUCAUCCGAAUUAGAUCCCGGAUCCAAGUGGUUUUGAUAGGUUGUAGUACACUAGUUGGGCCCCAAUGAAUUUUGGGUACUAUGUUAGUUGGGUCUCGGCUUUUGACAGGUUAUAUACUAGUUGGAUCCAAAUAUUUACAAGCAACAAUUUUACAAACAUUUUCUUUCUCAUUUUUACAGACUUAGGACUGUCAAUGAUUUUUAGUUUAAAAUAAACCACAAGUAUGAUUAAAAAUUGUUUGUUUUGCCAGAUGAAUUAAUAUUUUGGAAAACAUUUAAAAGGUGGCCUUCGGUCGUUCAAUGAAUACUAACUUUAUAUGAUAUAAAAAAUGUGCUAUUCAAUUUAAUUUAAUUAUAGUAUUAAAUUUACUAGAGUAAACAUUUAUAAGAGAAAGAUUUAACAAAGUGUUGCUAAUGUUUUUUUUCAGUCAUUUUCUCCUUUAUAAAAUGUUUUUUUGUAAAAUAUAUUCCCGGCUUUUUUCACGUACUUCUCAUUAUUAUGUAAGUGUCUACUUGGGUACUUUUUAGAACUUCUACUCACUAUUAACUCGAGACCCAACUAGUGUACAACCUGUAGAAAUAUGGGACCCAACUAGAAUAGUACUCGCGGGAACACGGAACCCAAUUAGUAUAGUACCCGAAUUAAUCCGGGACAUAACUAGAGUAGAUUUUUGAACGCGAGACUACUCGAAUGCACCGACCUUUUUACGUGUAUAAGAAAUAUUCAUCAGAACAAUCGAUUAAAUGUAAUGUCGGAUUGGAUGGAAAUUUCAUUGGCAAUGCUGAGUUUUAUAACAAGAUUCAACGAAAAAAUAUUUUCAAUCUGUGAAGUUUUGGAAUGAGUGUUAUUGAUUGAAUGAACAACGCUAAAUUUUGGAAAAUAACCUAAUUCUCUAAUUAAAUAUUUUUUUUUUUUUAGAUUUUGCAAACUAACUUAAGUAGGUAAUUGAAAUAAUAAAGUUUCAAAUAUUUCAAAGGUAUUACAACUGUAUUACUAUAUAUACUUUUAGGAGAUACAAUUAUAGUGUAUCUCCUAAAAGUUUCAAAUUAUGUUCGUCAACUAAUUUAAAUAUUGUAUUUAUUUAAUAUGAUCAAUAGUUUAUUAUCAUAUAGAUAUAUUUGUAACUAUUUCUCAAAAGUUUCCACAAAAGUAGCGAACAAAAAUUAAAUUUCUCGCAAAAAUUUUAAUUUGGAUAUAUUAUUCAUAUAUAAUAUAUAUUUAUAAUGUAGUUUUGCGAACAAUAUCAAAUUUUGUUGGUCGGAUUACUUAACUAGAGUUAAUUAUUGUUUAAUUAAUUAUUUUCUUAAACUUUAUACUAUUUCCUAUGUAGGUAAAUUGAACACAUUAAAAUGUAAUAAUGAUUUUUAUUAUCAUUAUUAUUAUUUUUUUAUACAAUCAUUAAAAUUAAAAAGAACUCGCGUCAACUUGCAUCUAUUGUAUUAUAUUCUCCGUUAAUUUAUGGAAAUUAGUUUUUAAUUAAAGUACAUAUAAUGCAAAUUUAGUGAUAGAAAUAUUAUAACAAAACGUAUUCCUAUAUAAGUUAAUAAACUAUAAGAUAUUUUGUCAUAUUGAUUUUACAGUGCGCGAUCGUUUCGUUAUUUUCCAAUUUCCCAGCAGACUUACGAGUAAAACACGUAGGUAAAAUUACAUUUCCUCUGGAAGAGUAUUUUAUUUAAUUUUUUAAUAAUGUCUGCGGACAAUAUAUAUACAUAUAUAUAUAGUAUUUUUAUAAGUAUUAAGUGUGUCUGUUUGACGAAUAAUUAUCCGUAUACAUAUAGAUACUGGACAUUAUUUUUCAUGUAUAUGUAAAAACCAAGAGCUUUUUUUUUUAUUUCCUCAAGAUUUAUGUUAAACACAUACAGCCGCGCGCCAAAAGUUGUUUAAUAAUCUGGAUUUGUUUUUGUCCCCUCCCCGGUAGAUACGUAGUCGGACGCGGUUUCUUGUGUUCAUCUUGUAUGUCGCCGAGGACCUGACAAAUAGCCUCUUACACUUCGUUAGGAAACCGUCAGCUUUUGUAGGCUAGUUUUAUCCGUGACCUUUAUUUGUAUAUACAUAUACUUAUACGAAAUAAUAAUAUACGGUUUACCUAUUAUUGACUGCUGCAUCAGUCCCUAUCCUAAUAAUAAUAAUAAUAAUAAUAAUAUAAUCCCGUCGGCUAGUUCCAUAUAUGUAUACACGAAUAAUAAUGAAUAUAUAGAGCGUACGCGUGUACACAACACACUCGGCAUUUUAUUCACGACAAUAAUAAAAAUGCUCUAUAUAUAUAUAUAUUAUUGUUAUUUACUGUUGCACCGCAAAACCGUUGUUGUUACCGUAAUUGGUCGCGUAAUAUCAGUCGCCACUGCUGCCAAACUCCGUAGGGGUUUGCGCGGACUACGCGUCUCUCUCCCCUUAAGCCGAUUUCCCAGAUCCUUUUACAGCGUGUCCUGCAAUAUUAUUAUUAUCAUUAUUUAGUAUAAGUAUAUAUAUAUAAGUAUAUACGUUUAUUUACUACUGUAAGUACGUUGUCACGAAUAAUAUAAUACUAUUUUGAUUAUCGUUCACUUUACACACACACACACACACACACACACACACACACAUGUAAAAACCCUUAUUAAAUAAUAACUGCAGUGCAACUUAUUUAACGAUGUUACCAUUUAUUGAUAUUUUAAAAUUAAUUUUUCAUAGUAAAUAUUUAUUAGAUUCAGUUUUUUUUUUGUCUGUUAACAACUUUUCUACAGGAAAUUUUGCUUCAAUUAAAAAAUAACAACAGAGCUCUUUUGUAACAUUUUAGAUUUAAUUGGUGUAUUGAAUAGGUCGAUUAUUCUUGUAAUUUUUAUAAUAUUUGGGAAAAAAUAUAGAAAAUCGAGAAAGUUUACGACAUUAACGGUUUCAUUAUAUACGAUUUUGUAUUUUUAUUAAUCGGUUAAAAAUUAUCGUAGAGAUCUGAAAUGUUCAUAAAAUUCAUAUAUUAAUAUUUUAUUCUGGUGACUUUUGAGCUAUUUAUAGGGAUUUUAAAUUAUUAUACCUCGGAAUUUCGCGUAAAGUGAUAAAGUAUUUCGUGAUUAAGUUAUAGCAGUGGUUGCGGUGGUAGUUAGAAGGGGUUAUUUGGGUAGUUGUAUUGCUGUAAAAUUUAUAAUUUUACACGAGUAUGUGUUUCGGAGUAAUUUAUUUCAAAGAAUUGCUCAACUGAGUUCCGUUCGGAAUCUUUCUCCGUGAUAUAUGUGACAUUCCGCCUACAGCAUUGGCACAAUCAAAAACAGUAUCAGCUAACAGUACCAAACCGGCAGGGCUGGCGUUUCAAUAAUAAUAAUAAUAUCUGUCUACCGUGGUUUACUUUAGUCGUAGGGAAGUAUUAAUUAUUUUGUUAAAUAUGAUAAUAAUAAUAAAGUAAUCGUUUGUUAGUCUGUUAAUAUGGUAUAUAUAAUAUAUAAUUUGUCAAUUUAAAUUUAAAUGCUAUUUAAAAAAAACUAUAAUAAAUGUAAUAUUUAAAUAAAUAAAUAAAUAAAUAAUAAUAUUAUAUUACGUCAUUGUUACAAUUAUUACAAAUACAUAAAAUUGUACAUAUAUAUAUUCCCAAAAUUAAUGAUAUUAAAUUUCCCAACGUUUUUGUUUACUUUUAAUAAUUCAAAUAACCUAAAGUUUUAAGAGCUUUAAAUUAUUUGAACAAUACUUGUUUAAAACAAGUAUCGUAAACAUGCCGAGUUUUAAAAAUCGUCAUAUAAAUUUUAAACAAAUUAAAGAUACCUUUACUUUUAAUAAUAAAUGGUUUUUAAAUUCAAUAUACUAAAAUAAAUUAAUUGUAAGAUACAACCUAUAGGCUUAUGUAAAAUUAUUUUCAUUAACACUCGUAUUGUAAUUUGUAAGUUCACAAGAGGAGCGUUGUAAGAAUUUAUUGGAUUUGUCUUAUAUGAUAGACUUAAAUAAUAUAUAAUAAACAUAUGUUGAACAGUACGCCUACCUAGUACCUAUUUAAAUAAUUCUUCAGGAAAAAAAAAAUUAUAAUUUUUACUCAAAAAUAGACGGGAAAAAAUACAUUUUUGUCAUGUUAAUGGGCUUAUGUUAAUAUAAUAACAUAAUCCUGUUAUGCGUAGGAUUAUUAAGUUUUUCUUCCGGUUUAUUUUACCAUCAUUAUAUGGGCUAAACUCCAAAGUUCAUUUUUUAUUUAUUCUUUUUUAUAUUUUGUGAUUUAUUCGAUACGAUAACUAACAACAAGGAUGGGUGAACAAUACAAUGCCGUAGCGUACAACAGAGAAGCUCUAGGGGCACAUGAUACACCCCCGCCUCCAUUCCCAGAAAUCGUUUGGUUUUCUGUCAUUUCGGUUAUUUUUUUUGUGUUUUAUCUAUUUCUAAAAAUAUAUUAAGUAAUAAUAGAAAUUAUAUAAGUGUCCCACCCAUCUGAAAUUUUUUUCUGGUUACAGUACUGCAAAAUUAAAUUGUAGUUUGACAUAAAUAUAAAUUAUUUUAAUACAAGUGCGAUACUGAUUUGUUUUCGUUUUUAAUUUGCCUGUAAAAUGUAAGCUAAUGGUAUAUCGUAUUAUUUCUAAAUACAUUUUAAGCGAAUUUAUUGAAAUAUAUUCUUUCUUGUACGUUUUGUAUUUUGUAUUACAUUGUAAUUACAAACCUCGCAAAUAAAAAUGUAUCAGAUACUCGUAAAUUAUAAAAUAUAUUGUUGUAGUAAAUUUUAAUUAUGGUAAUUAAUAAUAAUAUAUAUAUUUUUUUUAAUGCGCUUUAUAAUCGAUAUAUGUGUAUUAAUCAUAUUCUAUGCAAUUAUGUGAAAUAUGAAAUGUUUUGCGUUUAACAGGAAUUUUGAGUUGACCGAUUUAUAGUAUAAAUUAAAAUCUAUCGGCAAUACCUAUGUAUUUUAUUUAAACAAAUAAAUACUCAGAAAAAUUCAAUACAAAUGUACAAAAUAACAAUAAAUAUUUUUGUUCGAGUUAUUAAAUAUCUCGUUUCGCUAAAAAAGAAACCCCCUUAUUUAUAUUGUUUCAAAGGAUUUUUGAAAUCAAAGUGAUUUUUUUUUCAUAUGUAGUGAUGUAUGUAAUAGGAAUAUGACGGGAAAACCUUUUAUUGUUUAUGAAACCGUUGGAGAAUCAGUGGCGCAGCCAGGUGAGAGGAUUAUAACCUUUCCACUCUAAAUUUGCAUUUUAGUUGCGCGAUUUGUAUUUAAAUUACUGCGGACAUUUUUUACAUAUAGUAAUUUUAAAUAUACCCGCGUCACCCGUAUUCGGUAAUUUGUUAUCUCGAAAACCAGCAGUCCGGCAAUAUUUUUACGGUUCACAAGCACCCACCCCCCUACCGCCCGAAAAUUAAUCCCGGUCGCGCCAAUGCUGGUUUAUACAUUUUAUAAGAAUACUCUAAUAAACGAUGCAGCGGCGUUCGGCGGUCUUUUAGAAAAUAACAUAGAUAGACUUUGUUUCCGUAAUAAUAAUAAUAGUAAUAAUACGAGAAACAUAUUAUAUUUAUAUAUAUAUAUAUAUGUAUAGUAUUAUGACGAUUUAAUAAUGUGUUAUACGCGUGUAUAUUAUAUAUACUGCUCCGCAUUUUCGGCCGCAGUAGAUCGUGUGAACGCGACCUUGUGUUGCCGUCGCCGUCGUCGUCUAUUUGUUACAAGAGAAAAAAAAAAAAUCGCCCCGCUCGCUUAUUUCGCUGUUCCGCUCGACAUUAUAUUAGAUAUAUAUAUAUAUAUAUAUAUAUAUAUAUAUGUAUAAUCUUGCGAGAGUGUACACAAAUAAUAAUAUAUGAUUCAACACGUUAUCAGACGUCAUAAAAUGCCAAUAUAUAGCAAUCGUAUAAUAAUAAUAAUAAUGAUGAUGACGAUAAAACGAGAACGGGGGGGGAAAAAAAAAAGAGAGAAAAAAAAGGGGAUCGACGAAAAUAAUAAUAAUAUACAACUAUACGAGUGUAUAACCGGCGCGCGCGGGGGAGGAAUAUGCCGAAAUAAAAACGUGUAAAUUUCAAAUACGUGUCCCCGACCCCAUCCGUAUUCGAGCGUGACGCAUAUUAUUAUUACGGUGAUGUUGAUGUGUGAGUGUGUGUGUGUGUAUAGCGUGCGGUUUUUUAAGCCUCCGGCCAUAUACAUAAUACAAUAAUAAUAUAAUAAAUAUUAUAAAUUAUAUACAAAACAGCAGUGUACGUAUAUAUAUACGUAGGUACCUAAUCCUUAAUGAAGCCGUUUCCGUUAUUGUCGCGUCGUCGUCGUUGCGGUGAUAGUUGUAAAUUAACGAGUGACAUUUAUUGUCGGGAUUACAGAUUUCGCACCCUAAAUAACAAUAAUAAUAACACGGGGAAAAACAAAAAAAAUACACACAUAACAAAACCGUGCAAACGUAAUAUUAUACACUGAUGCGAUAGUCUCCUAUGCAACAUACGGACGGUGCUCCACGACGACGCGGUAACGGGCCGUGUAUCGUAUCUCGAGCCCUUCCGAUAAUACCGCGACGAUAAACUAGCAACGUAAUCGUAUCGCGAAUUAUUUUACGAUAAUAUUGUUUUCGACACACGAACUACAAUAUUGUGUGUGUCUACGCACAAUAUUGAUUCGGAAAGAAAAUAAAAACGUUCGCCUACUUUAACCGGUUUGGCUGAUUAUUGUAAAGCCGUUUUUCCGGCGUAGUGUAACCAUCAUACGGGUAGUCCGGAAAUCGGAAAAGUUCGAUAUGCAAGCGUCGUUACUCGACGUGAGUCCCAACAUAUAGGGUAUAGGUACUAGUUGAAUUACCCGCGGUAUUUAUAUUCUUUCGGAAACAGAAUAAUCGAUAAAAAAAAAAAAAAAAAAAAAAUGUAAUUUAGCGUGUUUCCCCGUCUCCGCCUUUAUCUAUAUCAUAGUAUUAAUCGUCAUUGAUCGGUAAUUUAUCAUUUGAAAAUGAUACUUGUUUGUCCGUGACAACAAAAUUAAUAUAAUAACCGUUUUUUUUCAACCAUGUCGUCAAGGUAACCCGUAAAAGAAUAAAAUAAAAAAUUUUUAAUUGGUAUUCUAUUAAAAACUUCUCUGUCAAACACCCUUUUGUGGUAGAAUUUUCUUUUGUUUUGAACAACGAGUGAUGUACAAAGUUUCACCGAGAUCGGAAUGAAACUGCAGUCGAUCCGUUAAUAAUGAUACAUAAAGAACUUCAAUUUUAUCGAUCAGAUAGAAACGUAAAAAUCAGGUUUCGAGAUGUUGUCUGUUUCCUGAUAUAAUUGUAUUCAAAAUGUUUGAUAACCUAACCUAUAAUGCCGUUGUAGUAAAACUAUACUAAUAUUUCCUCUGCUAAAGAUCUUCUGUUAAGAAUUUAAAAAAUAAAAUAACGCGGCUGUCGGUUUAGGGUAAGAUAAUCACUCCAGAUAAACUCCAGUAACCAAUAUAGGCAAUUAUACCAUAAUAAACCAUCAUAUAAUAUGAUAGUAUUAUAAUUAUUGCGGUGUUAUCCAACACCGCGUUUCCGUAUCGAAUUAGAUAUAGUAUAUAGAAUUUGGGCUGACGGAUUUGCUGGCAGAUAAGGGAAUUAAAAAAAAAAAAAAAAAACCAGCAAACCUAUUUUGCACGACGGCGGCGGUGCGUCGGCCAAUUAAACGUAAUUCGGAUUAUUGUUAAAACGGGAUCGCGUGCCGUUCUCUAUACUCGUAAAAAUAAUAACGGCAACUAAAAAAAAAAAUAAAAAAGUUUACCAAGGGGGUGGAAAUUAAACCGUAUAAUUAUUAUUAUACGUUGUCGGUCCGCAUACCGAAAGGCUAAUGUAACGGCGGCUUCGUAAUAAUAGCAAUAAUAUACAGGGUACCAACAUACAACAAAUUGAUUUUUCCAGACAUUCCGGAAUCGUUCAACGAAAAAUGUUUGGUGUCUAAAACGCUAUAAUAUCGUAUAUAUUUCACGCUUUCCUACGGUCUAUUAAUUUAAAACCGUUAUAGGCUUUAGACAAAUAGUCUCUUAUUUUACAAUGCGUAGAGUUAAAAAAAACGUGGGCCGCUCAUUACGGUCGACACGCGUACUGUACACACAUGGAGUUAUGGUGUUGAAACGUUAAAAAUAUUGUACCUAUACAAAUAUUAUAGACCGCAAGACGAUUCGAUAAUAUGACGACCGAAGAAAUCGAAAAUCAAAUCUAAUCAAAGUUUGCGUAGACAAUGGGUGGUUCGUAUAAUAAAAAUAAAAAAACACCCUGUAUAUGCCAUACCGACAGGCUGCAGGUACUAUAACACGGGAAUAUAUUUUACACAGGGUGCAAUAUGCCGACUGAUUCCGUUAACGAGGGCAUCGCGUGAGUUGUUCGGACACGUAUUAUAAUAGUAUACAUCGACUUUGUUUUGUUUUUGUUUUUUUUAACAGACAGGACGGCGGCGGCGGCGGUGGCAGAACGAUAAUCUGAUUAGUGUGGAUGAAUUAAAAAAUAAAAUAAAAAUUAGUUUUACGGCGAUAAAAAAAUAAUAAUAAUAUAUUCCGGCAAUAAAAAAAGAAAAAAAAAAAGGUUGGUUUCGAACUGGAAUAUCGUAUUCACGUUAUUAUGUGUAAUAUUAUUAACGUUUAUUUGUUUAUUAACAAUAAAUCUCUAAUAUUCCAGCAAAAUUAUUCAGCCGCAUAAAAUAAUCAACGAUUAUCGCAUUCACAUUAAUUUGUAAUGUUUUUUACGAAACCCAAAUUCAACAUUACAACGAUGUUAUAUACCUAACUUACGUUAUACAGCGGUCGACGAUUAGAACCGAUCAGAUUUUUAUUGUACAUAGGAUAUUAUAUCAUUUUUAUUCUGUUGCGGUUAACCAGUUUCAAUAGAAACUACCUAUUUGUAUCUAUUACGGUUUCUUAUUUUUUACAAAGCUUGUUGAUUCCGUCCACCGGUGCGGCGGCGUAUUUCCACAUUAUAUCCGAGUUCGGCCCUAGCGGCACGUUAACACGUCGUGGUUUUACAACGACUUCGUUUUAGGUUUACGCUAUUAGGAGACUAACUUCCUUGGAUCAAUAUCGAAUUUAGACCGACAGAUAAAUGGCGUUUUGUAAAAUUCCUAAAAAUCCUCCUAAAACUCGGUUACGGUUCGACCUGGUCUGAUGAUCUGCCAACUAACGAAGUGAGCGACACUUUAUUAGAUCACAACUGAAUUCAAAAUAUUAUCCAAGAUGCUCGAUACCUCGUAAUUUUACUUCGAAUGACGCCUGUAUGCCCACUGGAAUAAUCCGCACGGGCUUUCCGCCGGUAGAAGCUCGGAACCCCGAAUUCGUCAUAUGUCCCCUCUCCUCCACGAGAAUAAACUCUGAUAUUAUAGGGUUUGGAAACACGUGUCCCGGCAGUCGCCCGCUCAUAAUACAUAGGCACGAAUGUACGAUUCUUAAAAAUAUUACACCCGGUCCGUUCAUAAAAAUAAUAAUGAUAUUAGAUGGAACGUUUUCGAUUUAAUCGGCACACUGUAUAUACAGUAGGUUAGAUUAACCUACCUCUAAUAAUACCCAUUCUCGUUGUACGCUCGAUUAUGCGAUUAGUGGCGACAGCCGCCAGAAGCCACUUCCACAUUUACGCCCGGGCUAAUAAUAUCGAUUAACUUGUCAGAAUCGUCAAAACGAAACUAACAUUCAUCCGGUAGGUAUAUACGUAUAGAACAAUUAUUAUUAUAUUAUCUCGGAGGGAGAGGGGGGGGGGUUGGUGGGAGAGCGAAAAAACACAAAGUCAUUUUGGUCCAUUUACGAUACAUACUUUUACUCGUACACACGAUUUAAUACAAUAACAUAUAAUAAUCCCGAACGUUGUCGAGCGUUUCGAUAAAAAAAAAAAAAUCCUCAUCCGAAUAUUCGACCGUUUGCUUUACAUAUAUACAUAAUAAUAUUUUAUUAUCGCGUUUCGAUAAUUUAUACGCCGCCGAUCCGAUGCCGGCCGUAUUAUAAUAUUUAUAGGCGUACUUAGGCACGCUGCUACUACACCGCGGCCGCACGGAAUUACUACGCCGGGUCGUUAUACGAAUAUAAUAUUAUCUCCCGUUCGGGUGCGCCUGUAAUAUUAUAAUACACUUAUAUACGUGUAUAAAUAAUAAUAUUACGCGGCGGUGGCGUUUUUUAUUUUUAUUUUUUUUCUGACGGCCGAUUAUUGUGUUAUUAAAAACGUAUAAUAAUAAUACAACCGCGCGCGUACACACACUAAAAUAUGAUUAAAUUUCCGUCGCGGGCGAUAGAUAAACAUCAGCGUUUUAAUGCGCCGACGACGACGGUGCCGGGACAGGUCCGAGUAUCGUUAAAAAGGUUUUCACGAAAUCCACUUAUGCAACCAUCACACGGCAUCUACGCGAGCGCGCGUUCCGGGAUUCACGUAAUAAUAAUAUCGUCCCGUGUGGGUGGAGUCCGUGCGUGUGAACCGUAAGUGCUCGUGUACAGCCCAAUACGUAUAACGUGUAAUAAUGUUUAUUGUACGUAAGUGUUUGAAUCCGAUAAAGCUAUUGGUUUUUUUUUUUUUUUCUACUCUCGCAUCUCUCGAUAAUAUAAUAACACAUUAUAUUGCACGCCCGCCGCCGUCAUAACGUUAUCUCGCGUUACGAUCCGUAUUAAUACGGAUUAAUAUAUUAUGUCUGCUCGCGAUAACCGAAUUACCCGCAUUAAUUACUCGUGUUAAUUCGCGGUUUUGUCGCGCGUUACGACGUUACACCGUGCAGCCGGGGCCGAUGGGGGGUAGGCGAUAUGGGGCUAUCGCGCCUCCCCAGAAACGUUCUAUUCGAAGGCGGCCGUUUUCGAAUUAAUCGUUGUAUCGGGUCGGGGGGAGGGGAAAGAUUGUGGGAGACUGCAAAGACUCGUAAUAUUGUUUUUUCCCAACGCCCCAAUGCCUCUACAAGAAUUGAAAACUGGCUACGAGCUUGCCCGCAGCUCUACCGCGAGGUCGGGUUCCAGAAACGUUCGAGAAUCCGCUUCGUCUUGUAUAAUAAAUAUUGUUACGAAAUAUUCGUCGUAUACGACGAUCCGGAUUUAAUUUCAUAUUACGGUACUGCAGUAUGCGCGGAUAUUAAACGUUGUAUACGUACAGUAGCGCGCGCGAACGGCAACCGAAAUAAUGUAAAACGAAAAAAAAAACAUUUCGAGUGAACGGGUGUUUUUUUCCCCCGCGAAUAAAAAUAAGCUAACGUGUACAUAAGUCGGUAGGGAGGAGGGCUUGUAAGAUAUACGCAUAUAUAUAUAUAUUUAUACAUAAAGUCGACCUAUUCAAAAAACACUUUGGCGACAACAAUCGAAAUAACACCCCGCUACGCAGGUAUAAGAAAAAAACUUUGGUUUUCCAUUUACAAUGCUCAAACAAACGAGCACAAACAUUUAUAUACUUUGUGUUCGCGAGAAAAGUAUAUCGCGAUACGUUUUUCUUUUUUCCUCUUUCUUUUUCUUCUUCUGCUCUAUAUAGGUAUAUAUUAUAUAAAAAAAAAUAAACAAAAACAAAUACAAUUUGUCGAAAACAGUUUAAGCAUUACGUUAUUAUACUACGUAAUUCAACAAUAAUAAUUAUUAUAACUAUUCGAUUAUUAAAACGAGCCGAUUUAAUUCGCUACGUUUUAAUUGAUAACAUUACACGUUAAUUUAUUUUAAACAAACUCUCUUAUCUCUGUAAUUUUUUUUUUAUUAGUCAUUAAAAGUUAUUACGAUAAGUUGUUUUACAACAAACAAAAUUUCUUUUUUUUCUUUUAAGACAUAUACUUUUAAAUAUUCUUAAAUCCGUUUAUAAAUAAAAUAACAGGCAUAUAAAGUAUUUAUAAAUAAGUUAUAAUUAUAUAUAUUCAUAAUUAAUUAAUAUAUUAUUUUAUUUAUUGCGUUUAGUUUAAUUAUCGUUACACCACUAUAAUAUUAUAAAUAUAAUGUAUAUUAUACAUUAAUAUUUACGCGAACUUUAAAUUUUAAAACGUUUAUUGUAUAAUACAAAUAUACCUAUUUACAGUACCAUAAAUUAACGUUAAUUUUAUUGCUUUUUGUUCUCUUUUGUUGUUAUUAUUUCAAACGCACCAAAUUUGCUUAUCGUUAAAUCUAUGACGACUCUAUACAAUAUAAACUAUAUAAUGACAUGAUUUUUCGUCUUUUUUGUUCAAAUAUUCGAAAAUUAUUUAUUUAAGUACAUAACAUAUUAUAAAUAUGGAAAUAGUAUACAUAGGUAUAAUAGUAAUUCUAAAUUUGAAAAAAAAAAACCAUCGCAUAAUAAUAUAUUACAUUAUGUAAUAUUAACAUUUAAAGUUACGACAAAGCGUUUGAAACAUUCGCUGAGAAAUUCACGUCAUGUUUGUUAAAAAAAAAAAAAAUUAUAACGUGUUUUUUUUACGGUUCGUAUUCAUUUUUUAUGUGUUUAUUUAUUUAUUUAUUUUUUCUGUUUGUACUGACAUUAUCAUAUUAAAUGGUCCACUCGUAAAAAAAUCUGAUUUCGAAUCGAUGAUAAAAAUAAUAAUUAAUAUUUUCAUAUUGUAAUCGAACGUCGUAACAAUAUUCAUAAUAUUCGAUGAACAUUUAUUAUGGUACUAUAAUAUGCUUACUCACUGAAAAAAAAACCAAACACUAUAGAUUAUGUUCAAGGCCCGAUUUCACCAAAAUCACACUAAUCGUGGUUAUAUUAGUCAAAAAUUAAAAGUUAAUCGUGAUUUAUCAACAUUCGAAUUUCACGACACUAAUUACGGUUGCGUAAACGCUGUGAUUAACUUAACUAACGUCAUUAUCGAGAUGACAGUGGUGUGUGAUAAGGUGAUAACAACUUGAACUGUUUGGGCCAGUUGUACAGUUUCUUGGUUAAAUUGUGAUCAGUUAAUCGAAGAUCAAAAUGUAAUCAUUGAUUAAACCUAUGUGUGUUCUAUGGUUAGUGAUAUGAUUCUGAUUAGUUAAUCAAUGGUUAAAUUAUGGUGUGGUUAUUGUUUUUAAACAAUAUUUUCAUUAUUUUUAUUACAAUCGGUAUUGAUUUUAGUGACAGAGGUCUAAUCACCAAUUAAACAUUAUCAUUUUAUCCAAAUUAUAAUAAUUAAUUAUUCAUAAUUUAAAAUUUCUUUCUGUUAUUUUUUUUAGUCUUAUUAUAGUAUAUUAUUUAAUUUAAAUGGAUUAAUUAAAUUGUAUAAGAUGUGAAACUGGGCAUAAACAUGUCUUAUAAUGAAUAACAACAUCAACGUUCUACCAAUUUCACAACCACGGAGUUAGACCUUUUAGUUUCCCUAGAUAAAAAGUACAAGUCUAUUAUAGAAUAUAUGAAAAAGAUACUGUAAAUACAAGGUAGGUUAGGUUGCCUAACCUUAUCAAUAAGUCUAAGAACAGAUAUGAUCGCUGAUCAAAUGAACUGAAAACCGAACUAUAUAAUUUAUUUAAUAAUCGAAAUUUGUCAACAAAUGCAUCGUCUUUCCAAGUAAAAUGAUUCGUACGAGGUCUAAUAACACUGUCUGUUGUCAAAUAAAUUCGGUGACUAUAGCCAAUUUCUCAAAUUCCCAUCUGCAUAAUCAUAAUAGUCCUCAAAAUUUUGUUACAAUACAUCAUUUCAGAUGCCUAAUGUAAUUCAUAUAAUUAUGUAAUUUAAAAAUACAAUUAAAAGGUACGGACGCUCAACUUUAGGCUCGGUUAUAAUAAAACAUGAACAUAAUUAACAAAAAUAAGAGAACAGUAUUUAAAUUUCUAAUUGAAGUGAUAAAUAAUAAUUGAUAACAAUAUUGGUAGUUAUAAUAACAAAAAUGCCGUACAAAUUAACUAAUCGUCGUUUAACCGAUCUAGGUCAAUCGGUUAACUUGACCGACCUUUAAUCAGUUGACAGACACUGUACAACAGGACAAAGGUCUAUACAUAAAAGUACGCGCAUUUUUCUCGUUUUCGAUUUCGAUUUUCUAUUGAUUUACAUUUUACUUUAUAUUGUACAUUUAAGAUUCUGAGUAAAGUGAGGAAUGUAUUGGUUUUGCAAUUAUAUAUUUUUUUUUCUCUGAACAACUUUUCUACCAGAAAUUUGGAAAAACGGGAAAAUUUACGAAAUUUAUUUAUUUUCAAAUCGUAAAUAUUACAACCUUCUAAAAAACACAUAUAAAACUGAACUCCGAGCGAAAUCGUUUUUCGUUACCUAGCAAUGAUUAGCCGUAACGUUCAGAUAUACAUUAAAUUUCCCCUCACCCAUCGUGCGAAAUACGUCCGUUAUUUUUUUAUUCGGGUAUAAAUGCAUUCAAAAUGACUAUAGGGAACGGUAAUACGAAUACUCCCCGAAAAAGUAGUGAUCUUAAACACCGUAUCGCAACAUUAUAAUGUCAUUGAAUUUGAGGCGGGCGAGUAUAAGAAUGAAAAACGUAUAUAGUGGGUCAAAAUUGCUGAGGAUUUUCCGCAAUAUCGUCGAUAUACCCAAGGAAUUUUAAAAAUUAAAAAAUAGUUAACAAUAAAAUAAAACCACUACUACGUACCACUACAAAUUAUUUUAUUAUAAUUUAUAAUAAUGCUACGAACUGAUUUCGCAAAGUGUUAUCAUAAUGUAUCACACAAUUAAAAAAAACAUAUACAUAUAUAUAUAUAUAUAUAUAAUAUAUAAUAUAUAAUAUAUCAAAAUAAACACACUAACCGUGAUUAAAGAACGUCAACAUGCCAAAAUUCGGCCGGUUAGUUCUUAAUCGUGAUUAAACGAAUAAACGAACUAGGUGAAAUUCAAAAUCACCCAUUAGUACCGUGAUUACACAGUUUGACCCUAAACGCGUUAUAUUACGAGGAUUGAGCAGAAAUCAUUCAAAAUCAAUUUAUUUUCGAGUCGUACUAAGUUGAAAUCGUUCCGAUGAGCAGUUAUUUUUAGAUACUGAACGGGGCGAUUUGAGUUUGGAUUUAAAAAUCUGUGUUUUUUUUUUCUUUUUUUUUUACAUUUACUUUUUCGGAUAGUAAUAAUCCUCCGACACGUAUGCACCGUACAUAAAACUUAAAAAAGCGGAUUUCCCGCCGGUACACGCGGUACUUUAUUUAUGAAAUAAUAAUUUUCUAAAAAAAAAAUAAACAAAUAACUUUGUUACACUACAGGGGAAAACAGUUGCAAUUCGAGUGACGCCGAACACAACCGUCAUCAGCACCAUCAGUCGCCGCUCGACGAACAAAUGUGUAGUGGCGGCAUUGGCGGCGGUGUCAGUGUCGGCAGCGGCAGUGGCGGCGGCCCGCAGCAGAGACGGUCCGGCGGCGGCGGCGACAUGGACGACGGAAGCGGCGGCGGUUGUGGCGACAGCAGCGACGGCGAACCGGACGACGAACAUCUGUCGGGCGGCCGGGCGAGCGCGUCGCCCGCGGCCGCGGCCGGCGGUAUGUCACCGCCCGACAAGAAGAAGCACCGCCGGAACCGCACCACGUUCACCACCUAUCAGCUGCACGAACUGGAACGGGCGUUUGAAAAGUCGCACUACCCGGACGUGUACAGCCGCGAAGAGUUAGCCAUGAAGGUCAAUUUGCCCGAAGUCAGAGUCCAGGUGAGUUUCCGUUUUGUUCUUUUCUCCCCGUCCAAUGUUUUUGCGAUAUCGCCGAAUGCGUCCCGGCUAAACAGUUACGAUUAGUGUUAUGAUAAAAUAAGGUGUUAUAGUUUUGAAAACCAAAUCGGUUUUAUAAUCAGUGACGUGCCGUGAUAUUUCAUAUUGGAUAGGCGCUAAAAUAAAACUUCAACUAAUAUCUUUAAAAAACAAAAAAAGAAUUUUACAGAUAAAAACUACAAUUAAAAAUUAAUUUAUGGAAAAGAAAAAAAAACCAUUAGUCUUUCUCGUUUCAUAAAUAUAUUAUUAUUAAAGUAAUGUUAAUAAUCAAUUUACCCGUGUACUAUAACCAAAGUGUACUGACAAUGAUAAUGAUCCGAUAUGCAACAGCUAGAUAUUGGAAUUACCUAGGUUUUUUAAAAAUAUCGCAGCGUUCUACACACAGUGCUUUCAAUCACUAUAUAAAAAACGGGGAUAUCCUUUUCUACUACAGCCGGUCAUUCCUACAAUAACGAUACGAGCGCUUCCGUAAAGAAAUUGUCCGUACAAAAAAAAAAAAAUGAAUUGUUUUAAAUUGAAUGCUCGUAUGGAAAUUAGUAAAUAGUAGUGAUUUUAAUAUACAAGUCGCAUUAUCGUUUAGCGUAAUAAAUGUUAAACCUAGCUUGCUCUGAUGGCACUGUAAUUAUAUAAUGUUACUGCGGGAGAAAAUCUAAUAACACCAAUUACAUUCUUUAUGUACAAAUACAUUUUACAUACAAAUCUCGAAAAAUUCGACGAUUCGACAGUAAUGUUAAACGAAUACUAACAAUGCGCGUUAUCCAUUAUUCCGUGUUGUUUUCGGAAAUAAACAGCUCAGAGAAUAAAAAACAUGCGAUUUCAACGUUUUUCAGCGCCGAUUCGUUGUAUACAAUAUUUGACCGUUCGUUUUAGUGGACGUUUUAUCUUUUGAAAAAUUAGGAACACAUACAGCGUCGUGUGGUAAACCGAGAAUAUAUUACUGCGUUUUAAUACCGUUUAUGUUUUAAUUAAAACGGGUCCCUUCGUUUUCUAUUUCAAAAAACUCGUUUCUUCCAUUCCUCGUAACGUUAAUUCACGCACUAAUACAGUGCAAGGGCGUGAAAAACAAAACGUUAUGUAUUAUAUGCCUAUUUCCGUGGGCGAAUUAAUGUUUUACUCGGUCAUUAUAAUACCGUACAGGUUAUACAGGUAACUGCAAUGUUUUAUAAUAUGUUUGGCGCGCGUAACCAAUAUAUUGGUUCAAUAGAAGUUAUGUUUGUAGUAUUCGUCCCCCACUCUCCUGUUUUUAUAAAUCGAUUAAGAGUAUCAUCAUCCACCUGUAAUAUAAUUUAUAUUACGCGUAAUGUAGACAAUAGACCGUUGCGACUAUUAGCUACCGACAUGUCAUUGUUUUUUUUUUUUUUUUUUUUUUAUAAUCACAUUGACGUUAUCGAAAAAAGUAUUAAAUGCCAUUAAAUAAUAACUAAUUUAAUAGUUAUAAUAAUAAUAAUGAUAUACGCGUCUUUUAAUGAUAUACUGUUGCAAUUAACUCAGUAUUAAUAAUAAUAAUUAUGAUGUACACGCAUUUAACAUUCCGUAUAAUAUUUUCUGACAUUAGUUUAACUAAAUUAGUGAUAAUGAUAUUAUCGACGAUGAUUGAUAUUAUUCUAUGUAAGUCGUCGUUGUAAAACAGUAUACUGAUUAAAUUUUUUUUUUUAAAACCCCGGACGUACUUUGCAACUACUGCAGUAAAUGGGAAGUUUGAUAAGUAUACGUAUAGGAUAUAGGGUAAUAUUUUAAUGUUAAUAAUCACUGAAAUCGAAAAAUGAAGCUAUACUUGAUAUAACCGAGAAAUCAACAAAAAUUAAUCCGAUGUAUUGUGACAUUUGUCAGAUUUUUUUACUUUUUAAAUAGAUAAAACUAUUAGAAAUCUAGAAUUUUUUCUAAAUGAAGUAUCAUUGGACGAAAAACCUACAUCUUUUAAGGUACAAUACGAAUAAUAUUUAGAACCAACAAUUUAUAAUUUUUACCAAACCCAAAAAGUGUUUACCAAUUUAAAAAAACACACUAUAAUCAGAAUCUAAAAUUGUAUUGAUUGUUAUUUUGUAGCUAAACAGUAAUAAAAUAUAGAGUAACUAAUAAUUGAUAAUAAUAAAAAAUUAAAAAACACUCUUUUUCAAUACCUUAAUAAGUUUUAAUUAUUAACAAUUUAUUAUGCGACUUAACAAAAACGAGUUGAUUUCAAAUUACAUAUACCUAUACCUACGUGCGUGUUAAAUUUAGUAGAUUGAACUCAAAACGAAUUACAUAAAAUGUUUCUACUACAGCAGAUUGCAAUCUAAAAUCGAAUUUCGUUAUUUAAUCAUAGUCAUUAAUUGGCACUGUGAUUUAAUCAGUUAGAUUAUAAUUUGAUAGUUAAUCAGCAGAUUCAGAAAUUGCAUUGAAAUAGACUAAUGUAUAUUCUAUAUGUGUACGUGUAUACGACGGGUAUGUGUGUGUGUGUGUGUGUGUGUGUGUGUGUGCACGCACGAUACCUCCUCCAGAACUUGCAGUUAAAUUAUAAUAUAAUGGAUGUGACGUUUGCAUUUAAACGUAUCCACAAAUAAUAUAAUAUCCUAACCCUCCCGCUGUACUUUGCCCCGUUGAUCAUCGCAAAUGUUAAUAUAUAAGGUAAAUUAAUUUUAUCAUCAAAUUAAUCGAUAAGUACGGAAAGGGCACUCAUCCAAAUUUUUAUCAUUAUUUCGAGAAAGACAAAAAUAAUAAUAUGAUUAAACUCAUAUUUAAUAUCUCUGAAAAAAAAAAAAAAUUUAUAAACUAACAAAUUACAUAUUAAUAACUCAUUUUAUAGUAUUGGACGAGCUGUUGGUCAAAACUUGUCGGAUAGAAUACAGGAGUAAGUAAAAUACAGGAGAAGGGAAAACACAUUUAGAAUACUGAGAGAAUAAGGAUAAGAAAUAAGGAAUAAGGAUACGGAAGAAGUUAGUUAAGAUACGGGAACAGGUAAAAAGUCUAGACAUCAAUUUUUUACAGGGUUCUAUGGCUUCGCUCCUAGGCUCCAGGUACUCUUGUGAUACAGCUAAGAUACAGUAUGUCGGAAGUUUGGCUAAAGGGGCUAUGCUCCUUGGACAGGAUACAGAAAACUGUGGCGGAUACAGUCGGCGGGUGGGCACGUGUUUGAUACAUUAUGAUGCUCAAUUUAGCGAAAAUUUAAACAUAGGGGUGGUAAUAUAGAGGGAUUGGGAGAAUGUCUAGAUGCCAGUAUUUUUGAUAGCGGAUACAAUCGGAUAAAGUACAGCGGGUAUCAAAUAUUUUUGCAUGUUUAAAGUGGGCUAUUCGAUUUUGUUUUGUUUUGUUAAUAUUCAAUUAUCUAGGUACUUAACUUAUUUAUCUAUACAUUAUCAUAACGAUACACAAACGAACAUUUGUUUUCAGUGUUUUUUUUUAUUAUUAUAUAUAUUUUAAUUUCUCUUAAUUUUAAUUAGUAUUAUUUAAUUUUUAAAAUUAUUUAUUUCAUUGACAAACAAAAAUAUUAAAAAAAAAAAAAUCAUUAAGUUGAAGCGUAUUAAAGUAAAUGAUCUUUUUUUUAAUAAACAAUAUAAUUAGUCCUUUUUCGAUUAAACUAAACUUUCAGAGUGUCGUGAUCACGUGGAAGCAUUGGAGGAAAAAACCAGAAUAUUGUGGUUUGACCUAACCUAACCUAUCUAAUUAUCUAGCGCCCAAACCGAUCGAAUUCAACCUAACCGAUUUACCCGAAGAAUGUCCCCGUGUCCGUCAGUCCUUUUUUAGGGGCGGAUCGAUACCGUGUCGGAUAUUUGACCCGAUACUUUCGUGGACGAAUGCCCAAUUCCAACGUCCGCAGAAAAAGAAAAUUAAAAAAAAAAAAAAAAAUAACAACAGACUAUGGAUGUAUACCGAUUUCGCUAUUGAGACCCGCGAUGGUUUUUGUUUUCAAAUAUCGGGUAUCGGUAAAAAACAAAAAAAAAAACGUUGUCGGCCCGGCAGUCUUUUGUAUUAACCUUACAGCGGCGACGGCCGGUCUUCUAUAUGGUUUGUUCGCCGGACGACGGCGGCGGCGGCGGCGGCGGCGAGCGAUGGGAUCUGGAAGAGAUUUCGACGGGAACACGCCCGGCGCCGGGCGGCUAAAGCGGAGGACCGACCCGAGCGUUGUGUACGGGUCGGCGGCGCGGCGCGUGAUGGGCGCGGACGGGGACGCGCGAAAAUUGCCGUUAAUCGUAUCAUAUUUAUUCGCCGCGGCGGCGACGCGUUUGCGCGUGACGGGGCCCGCCGCCGCGGAGGGGAAGAAAAAUAAAAACAAUCGCGUUUUCCGGUACGCCGCACCGUCGUCGCCCGCCGCGCGCGCCGCCGCACUACCGCCGCCGCAGCCCCCAGCAUCGCCGACUACUACCGCUAUACACUACCGCGCUGUACAUAUAUAUAUAUAUACGAGCGGGCGGGCGCGCGCGCGCGCACACACACACACGCACAGGCACACGCACACGCACACGCACACAUCCAUUAUAUAUCCUUCUGCCCGGCACACUUGACUCGUUUCCCACAAGAAUGUUUUUCGGGGCCGCCGCCGCGCGCUAUUUGUUACGGGCGGCCGCGGACCGCGCGUUAUCCCCGCAGACCCUUCGGUGCGGUGCGUAUACGUGCGUAUAUAUAUAUAUAAAUAAUAAUAAAAACGACGGUCGUUAUAAAUGUAUAUAUAUAUAUAUAUUUAACGCGCUUUUUCGCGAGUAACGUUAUAAUAUUGUGUACACGGCGCGAAAGCGCCGUCCCGGGGAUCGCGGCGACACCCCCCCCCCACCACCACCGCAAUCGCCGACGUCGCGUCGCGCGAGAAUCGAUUAUCGAAUCCUGCGAGGUUUUUAGUAUUUACGCUUCGUCUCUAUCGCGCGUUUAUUAUAUUUUUCAUUAAAUUUAUUUGAUCGCCACCCGCCACCCCUCCUCCCCUCCCCCAGCCACAAUCACGAGAGUGCGUGCCGAAACUGCGGUACGGCAACGGUGUCGUGAGCGAUCCACCCGUCUAGUUCGCUGGUCUCGCAUAGUAACAAACGAUCCGCCGUCAUUUUUCGCGAUCCACCCAACGUAUAAUUACCGAACGAAAAACGUUCAUUUGUCGACACCGCGGGCGAUUACCGGCGCACAAUCACACUCCCUUGUCCAUCCGGUCCUCCGUCGACUGUCGGCCGGUACGUAUUACGCUAAUCGUUAAUCGUUGUCGAGUAUUAUUUCGUGCAAUUAACGCGCUAUAUAUUAUAUUCAUAAUGAAUUCGACCAUUGAACGUUUGUACCGGAAUAUUAUUGGGGACGAACUACAAUGUACACGGUACUUAAAAAAUGAAAAUUUAACAUCCACAUCGGUAUCACUGGGAUAUGAAGAGACUUGUACUGAAUAAAAAAAAAAAACUGUCCUAGGAUAACGGGGACGGGUGCAACCACUGUUAUAGGUAAUAUUCUAACGUAUAUCUGUAAUAACAACGAUAUAAACCAUUGCUAACGAAAAACCGAUUCUGAGCGGAGUUCGGUUGAUAGUGUUGCUCUUUUAACAAUAUAUAUAUAUAUAUAUCAAAUUGUGGUAAAAUAAUUAUAUAUAUGUAUUACAUAGUAUUUGCUUUUUUGCUUUAAUACUGUAUCUAUUUUCUCGUUUUCCCAAUGUUUUUUUCCGGUUUUACACAUUUACCGGGAAACUCCCCAGUCCGAUUUCUUUUCAGAAAAAGUGUUGUCAUUGAAAAUCGGAGCGAAAUUGCUGGUAGAAAAGUUGUCUACAGAUAAAAAAAUAAACAUCAUUGUAAAACCAAAAGCUUUUUCGCUCUACUCAAAAUCUAAAAAUUACACCAUUUGUAGUGGGAUGUACUAAAAAUAAGACAACAAGGAAAAAAAAAUUCUGACUGAAAUUGAUAUCAAUAUUAUCACAAUUCCCAUGGUAACCGUAUUACUGUUUAUCAUAUGUUUUAUUUUGACAUACUGAUCAUAUAUCAAUUGAUCAGUACCAGUUCGUUUAUCGAAUUUCAUCAAACUGUACAAAACAAACUUAGAUUCUAAAAACGUAUUUUCGAAACCAUUAUUAUGAGAAUUUUCAAUUAAACCGGCCAUAGUUGUUAUAAAAAUAUACAAUACCUUAUACGUAAAUUGCAUUAUUCCGGUUUAUUUUAGCUCUUUUUGGAUACGGUGUGCGCGUUAAAGGAAAUGAUUUUAAGUUUCUACUGAGCGUGUUAAUAAAAAUCGUCGUCGCCACAAUAUUAUGUUAUGUGGUACACGAACAAGACGAGAAAAAUAAUAAAUUAUACGAAAAAUUGAUUUUUAAAAUAAAUAUAAGAACUUGUAAUAAUAUAAUUUCCAUCAUAAAAUAAAUCGGCUAUUAUUGAAAUUAAAAUUUAAUUGUUCGCGUAAUACAAAAAUGUAGAUGCAGAUAUGAAUAUAUAGAUUUUUUGUCUACGUAAAGCCAAUAUUAUUUUUAUCGUAAUUUAUUCCGGAAUAAUUGUACAUUGAAAACUGUAGUAUUUAAUUUAUUAUGUCGCCCGGUAAUACAGCGUAAGUAUAUACGGUUGUAUAGUUGUUUUCGUUGUAUACGCGUUUAUAUCGUAAUAUAAAAGCUUUAUAUUAAUAAUUUAACGAAAUGUUAAUAAUUAUAAUUACGUUUUGUUAUUAAAUAAUUGUAUAGACGCUUUCAUACCGUGGCAACCAAAAAUUACAAUUAUUUAUAUAAUAUUAGCAUUACCAACAAUUACGUAUUACGCGUAUACGCGCGUAUAUAUAUAUCUAGUUCGCGUAAAUGGAUUUUUCCCCUUUAUUUCUAAUUAUUAUGUAUUUCGGUUAACCCCGCAAAACAAUUGCCGCAGUGUUUAUAAUACGCAUAAUAAACUGGAAGAAAUAAUUAUCUCGGGAAUAAUUCGCGUCCCCUUUGCCUUUCAUCUCUUGGCGCGCGCGGUCCGUUUAAAAUCCCCCUGCUUUUCGUCGCGACGCGGAGUUUUGCUCUCCUUCCCACCCUCCGCCCCGCCCACGGAUCGUAUACGCAGUAAGUUAAUUAAGUUUCCCUCGGGACCCCCGGGGGUGGUUUCGGGAGGUCUUUAAAUCGUUGUAACAACUUUAUGUCCCGCGAAUACCGAAUUUAACUACGUUUCGAUUCGCUAUACCUCUAUUAUUAUCGUAUAAUAUAUUGUAUACAAAUCAUACCGCGGAUCGAUCUUUAUUUUCCGUCUACAACACAAUACAAUAUAAUGGAUAAAAUUGUCUGUGCGCGUUUAUGUCUGCCGAGUCUUCGAGCUAUCGUUUUAUUCCGAUAUUGAUGAAACAUUACGAACUCGACAUUCAAAAUAUGAACGAUACAAGCGAGUUAUCUACUUUUGAUCUCGAAAAUUAACACCCUAAGGACGGUUCUCGCCUAUUGGUUUAUCAUAUUUUUAAUAAGAGAGAAAUUGGAUUUUUUUUUUUUUUUUUGGUAAAUUUCUGGAUUACCUUAGCGACACACGGCUGAAAUACCCGAAAAUAGCCGUUAUUUUUUAAAUUAAGUCGUUAAAUCACGAUCAAUUGGAAAUUCCCUCUUGUUCGUCGAUAAUUUACCGGACGAAACUGCAGACAAACUUUCAAUUCGAUUUAUUAUUAACUAUAAUUAGUUAUUAAAACUAUAGAGAUGUGACGAAAUGUUCGAUUUUCGAAUCUAACCGAACCGAACUCGGGGUGUUCGAUUCAGUACUAAACCCGAACUGAAAAUUGCAAAUAAUCGAACCGAACCAAAUACCCAAUAUCUCGGUCCAAAAAUUAUUCGAUGCCGAUUCUGUACGGUCACCAAUACGAUUUUCUGUGGAGGAGGGGGGAGGAUGGUAGAGCUUGUUACCUUAAAAGAAGAAUCUUAAAUUUUAUUCGCAUUAGUGAGUCUCAUAAUCGCAUAUCACGGAAUCGAGCAGUUUGAGAACCUAGGUUUUUGACCUAACCCAACCUUAACCUUAUUACUUUAUUAAUGUUCGAGUUCGAUGAAAUAUUUUAAAAAUUCGGUUCGAUUCGACCUUAAAAAUCAGGGUUCAUAAAAACUCUAAUAAUUAUAACACGUAUCCCAUUUUUCAGAUGAGCCCGGGGAAUAUCGGGUAAUUCAGAUAGUAUAAUAUACAUAAAAAUAUAAAAUUUGUGAUGGUCGCGUAAUUGUACAAUAACAAGAAAUGUAUAUAUUUAAAAAGAAAUCCAUUCAACCGAAGAAAAAAAAAAUCUAUAUAAACUUCAAAUGAAAAUAUUAUAAAUACGAGUAUACGGCCUAAGCAAAUACCUACUGCUCGGAUUGAGCAACGAAUAUUUUAUAAUAUUGACUGUAUAGUAUUAUAUUAUAUAAUAUAGGGAUGCUAAAUAAUUCAUAAAAGCGCUAAAUCACAAUAUAAUAUUAAUUUUUUUUUUUUUUAAACUCGAUUUUAAUUUUAAAUUAUAAUAAUACAAAGACGUAAUUCCCGUCGGCGAUUUUCAUGAGAAAAAUAAUAGUAGGUAAUACAAACUAAACAACAUUGAUAAUAUAAUUAAAUAGUGUACAAGCGAAACUGGAACGUAAACUUUUUCAUUUAUUUGUCAAUUUAUGUUUUGUUUGAUAUGGGUACCAUAUGUAAUGUAAUAUAUUUAUAAUAUCAACAGUAUCAGUGGCGAAACGAACGCGGUCUUCCAGAAGUUGUUUCUCGAUUUUUUUUUUUUUUUUGAGAUUCACAGGGCGAGUAUGUGCUCACUGGUCAAUAUGAAAAUAAUUAAAUAUUACUACUCGUUUAUUAUACUGAUUUAGUAAAAAUAGAUAAAAUUAUCAAGAUAUAUUGGAAAUAUUGGAAAAUAUAUUGGUGGGUGGAUACCGAGUUGAUUAUAAUAUAAUAUGUUGCUUCUGGGUUUAUUGGGAGGGGGUUCGUUCCGCCACUGGACUAGAUAUACUCGUGUAUUAAUUUUUGACAUAUCGAUUAGUAUGUAUUAGGAACCUGUAAAAUAAAUAGUAUCUGAAUGUAUACUAAGUGGUCGAUUAAAAUUAGUGUUCAAAAAAAAAAAAAAUAAAAACUUCAAACGUAGCCUUCGAAUAUGAUUAUAUAUUAUGAUCGUUUUUUUUUCUCUCUCGACGAUUCGAUUUUGUAAUAGUUGUCCGGUUAGGUUAAAACCGUAAUCGUAUUUAUCAUUAUAUUCGGUCCGACCUACCCGCGUGUCCGAUUGGUCGUCCGAAAUAUGUAUUCGGUACAGUCACAAGGGUCAUCUAUAUACAUUAUAUUAUUUAUCCGCGAAUAUUUUACCGAUUUCAACUGCGUAUACAUAAAUUAUACGGGUAGGUAGGUAGGUAGGUUAUUUAUAAUAAAUUAUUAUGCAUCGUCCGUCGUCGCGCACAAAAGGACGCGCGACGUGAUGGGAAGUCCGUCGCGCGGACCGUCGAUUGGCGAUAGGUCGCGGCGCGACGAGAAGAAGAAAGACCGACGACGGACGGACGGACGGACGGAUAAUAUACGCGCGGAAAGAGACUGCGGCGGCGGCGGCGGCGGACUGGAAACGGCAACCUCGACGACGACGACGACGACGACGCUGAAAAUGGCGACCUAUAAAGCGCCCCAACCGCCGCCAUUACUCCCCUCUCGCGCGCUCGUUUGUGUACCAUCAGAGAGACGUCCCGACCGGCCACCGUCACCCCAAUCUACCGCGCGUACAUAUAUAUGUUUAUAUAUUAUACGGAAUACCUACCUAUAUAUAUAUAUAUUAUAUAUACCGGCACGCACGCACCCCAACGUGUAUACACACACUCGCCGCCGCCACUGCAUCGGUCGCCGCGGGCGGACUUUGCGAAAUUUAAUGAAUUUAACACUCGAUUUAGCCGACAUUAAUCCAACGGUUUAAUUAUUAUACCCUGCAGUUUAUACCGUAGGCGGAACUGACGCGUUCGCCGCCGCCGCCGCCGACGAGUCGAACGAUGCGUAUAAAAGCGACGGCGGCGGCGACGAGGGCAACAGACGUGUACCCCUAUAAUGUAAUAUUGUAUAACGUAUAAUAAAUAUAGUGAGCGGGCGCGACGGCGAGAGGUCGCUGCGGCAUCACGGAAAAGGGUUUAACGGAGUGGAGGGGGAAUUACGGGGAGCGGGGUGAGGGUCGGUGGGGGGAGGGGGUCUUUGAACGGCCGAUGGUCGAUAAUUAAGUUUGUCUCGGCGUAUACCCAAUAUCCUCUCGCGUCUCCGGCUCCGGCUCGCGGCGUUUCUGAGCGCGUAAUAUAAUUCCGUACGUAAACGGAUAAUAUACAAUAUAAUAAUAUUAUGUAUAGCUAAGCACGCGGUAAUACGUCGUCGUCGUAAACGGGCGCGCACGUAUCCUCGCGCCUGCCUUAUGCGCCGAGUCCGACUCUAAAAGCGCGCUCGCCGUUUGUGCGUCCCGGCUGCAAGGCCGGUACGCCGGGGGGGAAAAAGGGGGGGGGCGCCCCGCGUUCCUCCAGCGACAACGCAUUCCGCGCGCGUCCACGUGGCGAAAUGCGCAAGCCGUCGUAAUCCCGUCGAGAUUACUUACUAAAAGAAAAUUGAUCUAGAUAAUCGUCAAUAGAUAACGGACGUACCGUAUCAUAUUUUAUUUGAAUUAUGUAUAAAAUCGAAAUGUCAAAAUCUACUCGAUUUUUUUUUCACUCCGUAACCUAUAUCGGUAGUUCGUGAAUAUUAUUUCGAAAAAAUUCUCGUCGUGUUUUGUGUAUAUUAAUACACAUUUGAUAUUCGUAUAAUCAACAAUACACAUUUUGUAUAUUAAACGGACUGGAUCUACGCUGCGGCUCGAUUUAGUAUCAUUUUUGUGCUAUCAAAACAACCGAAAUUUAUCUUAUUUUUAUACUUAUCUUUCUCGUUUAUCUAGAAAAAAAUAUCGAUCAUUUUUCUAAUCAGCACUGCUGCAGAUUGUAGCGUACCUAUUAUACGUUCCGUUUCGUUAUUAUCGCUGAAUUAUAUUUAUAAUGAUAAUAAUAAUUGCAAAGAUUAACCGCGUAAACAGGGGCGUACCCACAAGGGGAAGCACUGAUUACAAAUAAUAUUGUAACAGUACAAUAGGCGUGUACACGCGAUUAUGUAUUUUGCAAAAGCUUUCAAUAAUAAAUGUAUAGAUAAUUAUUUACAACUUGCAACGGUUCGCGGUUAAUUGAAUUUAACACGUUUAGCCCUUUGGAAAAUCUCUCGAAUACGCCACUGCGUAUUAUUGUACAGCCACAUAUUAUAUAAGGAACCCUCGAUGAUAAUGUACGGGCGUAUAGGUAUACCAGCUAUUCAUUCGAGUGCGAAUAUUACUACGAGAAGCAAAAACGAUUAAAAAUCAUCAUCGGUCGCCACCGCUAAACGUGCACAUCAUUUAUGAAUACCAAAUUCGAAUGCGUGCGAAAAUGCCACGACGCGGAUGUCCGAUAAUAAUAAUUUCAUAAUAAAGUGCAAAAACAAAUAGUGGCGCGUCUAAUUUUACGCGCGUUUAGUAUUUGUAUAGUAAAAUAAUAAUAAAAUUUGUUUAGGUAAAUACAUUUUGCUACGACGAUACGUCUUUCGAUAAUAUUUAUUGUAUUGUUCCGAUUCACUGCGGUAAUAGCUAAUAAAACACUAGACAAUUAUUAACAUAUAAUACUUUUUCGUUUUCUAAAUAAUAUUGUAGAUAUUUAGAUAAAUAAUGCAACAACAUAAUUUAUGUCCCAGGAAAAAAAAAUAAUGAUAACAUUAAAGGGACAGAAUAUAAUGAACCUUCAAAGACUAAGACCCCCCCCCACGCUCGGAUAAUAGUAUUAUUAUUAUACAUUUUUGCUCUAUCGGUUCGUAGCAUUAUACCCAGAAAAUAUAAAGUAAAUCAUUUUUAUUUUUUUUCAGUAUGUCAUUGUAUAUAACAGUAUAAUUUCACUGACAAAUCGCAGGGACAUUGUUUUUUUAACCGUCAUAUCAAUUAUUAUUAAGGAACUACAAUACCGCUAGUCCAAAAUGUAUUGUAAUAUAAGAACAAAAUCGCAUAAUAAUGAAUAUUUUAUAUUUAUACGAUAAAUUAUUUAUAGGAUAUAUUGUAGUCAGAACCGGACUUGGUGGAGCCCGAGGAGCCUGCUGGCACCCACGAAAUAAAGUCUUUCACUAUUCAUAAUUAACAAUUUAUUAAUUACGAUACGAUGUUAUCUGGUCCGAAAAAUUCCAUAAUUUUUCCGGACAAUAAUGACUGGACACGUAGUUUGUCAAAAUGGUCUCGUCAAAAACUGCAGCGGUUGAUAUCAUAAUUCAUAUACCGCAUCGCUAUUGCACCGCCAAUUUACAUGGACAUUGUAAGCGGCGUUUCGUGGUGCAAUUCGACCGCUUUAAAUCAUAAUAUUAUAGACCCGACAAUAGAUAAUAUUUUGGUUUCAAAACGAUAAUAAUCCGGUACAGCUGCGGUACGGGGACGUUGUAGGGAUAGGGUCGCAAAAAAUAAAUAAAAGGUGUUCUGUUCGUUUUAAACGUGUUUUUAAUCGUAAAAAUCGUGCACGUUUUAAACGUUAUUUUAUUUAAUUAUCAUUUGUUAUGGGAACAGUUAAUUAUAAAUAGAAUCGUUUCGGCAUUAUCGUAAAAUACCGAUCGAUCGAAACAAAUGUCCUUUCUUCGUCCAUCGAAAAGUACCAAUAUAUGAACUGUUUAUUUUCGUUUAUUAAACGUUUAUAGUGACGAACAGCUGGUCCCCGGGGUUUCGUCACUGGGCGCUACUUGCGAGCGGACGUAGUGCUGAAGCGAUGGUGGCGAAUCACCGCCGGUCCAGAGUCUUCGAAGGGAACACCGGCCCCGGGCCUUUUGGGCCCGUACCUUUCUCACAACCUGGAUGGGUUCCCGAUCACCCAUUAGGUAUAGUGGUUUGAGUUACUAUCUUGCGCCGGUCUCAUAACCACCACGUUUCGGCCGAGGUAGGGUCCUCAACCUUGGGGGCACUAAGCACGGAGCGGCUGGCCUGUCCGGCGUGAAGUGGGGCUCCCCCGCCCGUGGUACCGACUAGGUUUUUGGUUGACGUCGGUGGGUCGAUUCAAUGCUUCGUCUCUCUCACUAUUUCGGCUCCCCAGCCGGCCGGUGGUGGGCCUUCAUAGUGACGAACAGUAGGAACUGUACGUAAACGUCUUUACUAUCCGGAAGAUAUUUCGCAGCUUAUUGCGUUUUAUGGUAAUUCAAUUUCCGAACGUCCGAAACGUUUCGAAAUAAGGUUUUGCGACCACCCCGGACAGGGGUAACCGGGUGAACGCGGGAUACUCGAGACCGCGGGACGAAAGCUCCGAGAAAGACCGGCUUACGUGCGUGCGGCGUACGAUAAUGACGCGCACAAUAAUAUCGUAACGACAUAAUAGGUAAAUAGGUGUCGUGUUGUGUAUACAGCGCGCGCGCUCGUGUGCACCGUGUCGUAUACACACAGCACCGCGCGCGCGGCCGUAUCGCGGGCGUUGAACGAGAAUCGUUAUAUUGUGUUUAUGCGGACGUUAAACUUGUAAAAUGAGCCGCCCAGGUCGUCGCGGGAUGACGGCGGACGCGGGGAGACAGAGCAGACACACGCACAAGACCAGGCGUCGGCGGGGCGGCCGGUUUUUCCGGGGAGUAGGGCGGCGGCCGGUGACGACGGCGCGCGACGACGCGAGGAGGAGAUAUUCGGCUGCGGGGACCGGUGUUUAUACAUAUGUGUGUGUGUGUGUGUGUAGCGGGGACGGUGAAUAUAUCCUGGGGGAGGAUCCGAAUUGCAUUUCCCGGGACAUGAAUGGCAGAUUAACAAGCAAUUUGCGUUUGCCGCGCGGCGAUGAGCACGGGGGGAUGGGUGAGGGGGUAGGGGCGGCGAGAGAGAGAGAGCGGGAGAGUAGCGAGUAGAAAAAUAACCUCCGGCGCACACACAGACGCCCCGCGGCUAAAGGGACCCGAGCGGACGCGGGGACACGGUGAGCUCUUUCCGCAAUACCCUCCCCGCUCCUCGCAGACCAUUCGUCGGGUUCGUACGUACACACACGCGCGCACGUACUACGUUUCGGGUACUUUUUCGACCCUUUCCCAUCCACUUCCCCUCCGCGCGUUUAAACGGGCACACAAACGUCCGUAAUAUCAUUAUUAUGUAUAUACGCAUGCCGCCGUAGGUACCGACGUAAUAUUCGAUUUUAUCAUUACGUGAUUUCGUGUUCGUAAUUGUCACCUAAUACUUGGCGCGGGUCGUCCGUUGCCACUGUUUUUGUUUUUAUUUUACUGUGGUAAUUACGCGCCGAUAAUCGCGCUGAUAUUAAUGCGGUUAUUUUCCGAAUUUUCGUUCAGUAUAUAAAAACGUUUUCCGAAAAAAAAAAAUAGAGCGGUGAGCCGACAUGACUUUUUUCCGAUACCGGCCUACAUCUCGGAUACAUUAAUUCGGUAUGUAUGCGUAAUGUUCGGUGUACGUUUUGUCCGAUCCGGUAUUUUAAAUCGCAAAAAGCGAGUCGGCAUCGAAAUGACAAGACAAUAAAUCGGUCGAAAAUUCGACUUUUUAACUUCUUUUUUUUAAAAUCGUUUUCGAAAGACGUUUUACCUGGGAAAUAUCGGGUCAAAAGGCUUAUGCCGAUACUCGCCACUGAAUCAGAACAUUCGAAACGUUUCAUCCGUAACAAUUGUUUUAAUUUACGUCUAUAAAACCAUCGUGGUAUUGUCGGAUAAUUAUUUCUGUUUCAAUUGCAGACAUUUUCUUGUUAUUUUGAAUGCUCGUAUACGUCACGCACCCGUUUAGCGGUUUAUUAACCCGAUAACCUGUCCGGAAAUUCAGAACACAAUACCCCGCCCCCUCUCGCACGAAAACUUAUUCCGGGUGUGCCACUUGAAAGUAUAGUUCAACCUCAUGUUUGUCCUAUGAUGGAAUUUCUGUCUUUAUGUAUAAACAUUAUCGGUGAUUUACAAUUUGUUUGAACUAAUGUGCUACAGACACUUACCGCGUUUAACACUGUUAGUACACAAUAGUAUAUUUAAUAUACUCGUACUAUAGUCGUAUUCAGUACCUAUUAAAUGUCGAUUUUCACGAGCUAUAAACACGGUUUUAAUUCACUCAAAAAUUGACGAAUAUGUGCUAGAAUAUGCUAUAAAAAUGACGUAGUAAAAAAUAGGUAAAAAUUAAUUAGGUAAAACUACACACUUUACAAUAUCAAAACUUUUUCUGACAAAUUAUAAAACGCAGAAAGGAGAGGGGGUACGGGUAACAAAACAACCUCACGGCCCUGCUAUUGUAUUUUAAUAGGUAUAGAUGCUAAUUACUGAUAACUACUAAUGACUUUAUUAACCAGACCAGUACCAGACACUAACCUCAAAAUCGCUUAAUAACAGUGAUUUGUGAUUUUUUUUUUCUGAUUAUUAUUAAGAAAAGUCUCGACAUUUUUAAAAUAACGUCUCUAUUUUGUUCGAACACCCGUUACAUUCCUACGGCAAGAGAGAAUUAAACAAUAAAAACUUUAAAAAAAAUAAAUAAAAAAACCAGUUUGAAAAGAAACAAAAAAUUCAAUUUCUAAACAUCUAUAUAUACAAAGCUUUCAAUUUUAAAAAAGUUAUUUCCAUUUUCUCGACAGUGACCCAUGCAACAACUGCAGCGUUUAGUGGCAUAUUAUCUAAAAACAAAGUGCGUGAUUUAAUACGCAUCAUUAAAAUCGGGAGUUUAUUGUUCAUUUUAUGCUCUUUCGAUUUCUUUUUCGAAAUAUAGAACGCGUAAUUAUAAAAUUAAUCAGGUGCCUAUACUAUUUUAUAGUCGUGUAUAUAUGUACACGAUUUUUCGACAGCAUAAAAAAUAAUAUUAAUAGUUCUUAUUAACACUGAAACAGACGCAAAGUACGCGUACGUGAAUUGUCGUUUCUUCGAAUAAAUAUCAAUUAUUUUACAUAAAAAAUCAAAAAAAAAAAAUCAAACGGGACCAAUAUUAUUAUAUUAUCUAUAUAUACGUUCAAAUGAAUAAACCAAUUGGUUUUUAUACGCGUUUUAAAGUAUAUAUAUUAUCUGAUUCGUCUGAAUUUCAAAAUAUUAUUAUACAGAAUUAUCAUUAUAAUUAAUAACAUUAUAUAAUCGUUAAUUUAUAUUUGUAUUUUUUUUUUUUUUUAAAUUAUAGAAUUAUAUAAUAUUUAAGUAUAAAAAAAAAAAAUCUUAAAACUCUUUUAUUUAAUUAGGCGAUUACGUUAAAACGAUAAUAAUAACAACAAUAAUAUAAUAAUAUGAUACUCGUAAUAAUGAUAUAAUUUGCCGUCUGCCGCUGCAAUCCGAUGCGAUGCAUCAGCAAUCUCACAUUACGUACCGUGUAUACAUAUAUAUAUAUAUAAAAAGACAUUACAAUGUCAAUAAUUAGAUGAUCGAUAAUGCUAUAAUAUUAUUAUGUUCUAAUUAUUAUGUGCGUGAUUUUAAAUCGAACAAAUUAUGUUAUUGCAUUAUCGUUUAUGACUUCCGAGAAACGUCAAUUUUUUUUUUUCUACUACCUAUAUAUAAUAUUAUAUUACACAUGGGUUUUUUUUCUUAUAAUGUCGAUACACACACGCGCGCACAGCGUACCCGAAUCGGAAAACGGUUAUUAUAAGGGGGAUGCAAAAGUGUGAAAAAAAAAAAACAAAAACAAAAAUAACGCGAGUAACCGACGAUUUAAGAGUCUUUGCGUCCGUUUAUACAUAAUAAUCCGUUCGUUAUUUCCAUUAUGAAAAACUAUUGAGAGCACCCUGAAAUGUUUUUUAAACGGAAUUCCGUACACCUGCACCCGGUACCCCGCGAAACACACUCCGAGCGCUGCGCACACAGUAAGCGCAUUGUAUACAUUGAACGACUAGACGCGUUCAGUCUUUUUUUUAUAUAUAUAUAUAUAUAUAUAUACAAUUUAAAAUAUCUACCGCAAAAGAAAAUACUAUAAUCGUUUUUACUUCUGAGUUUUUUUUUCAGACUUUAUAGGACUGACUCGGCGAAUUCGUCUAGGGCGAUCAAUCCCUCUCUAUAAAACACUCGUCGUCUUGGAAAGUCUAUAUUGACUUUUUUCGGGAUUUUUUUUUUUUUUAUAAAAUUUAUUUGACAAUCCGCUCUAAAAUGUUACAUUAGGUAAACAAUUAUUAAAAACUACGUUUAUUGACUUCGGUUACCUAUAUAUACUUGACGUCCGUUGGUAAAGUACCGUGUACCUAUAUACGGUAAACCAAACUUUGUGACGAUAUCGUAACCGAAUAACAACCAACGCAGCAAUCCGUUAACCCGACCAACGCAUCGCCAAAACACGCUUUUUGUUUCACGUAAUAACGAUCAAGCGGAAACAAAUUCAAAUUUAAUGAUGAUAUUUCGUAAUAAUUUAUUUUAAAAUAUAUACUAUUAUAUUAAUUUAAUUGUCCAGUACUCGAAUAAGGAGAAGGGUGAGGGAACAGGCUGAUGGACUACCUUAACUUAUUUUUCGCAUAUUUUAACGUAUUACUUUUACAAUUUGUUUAAAGGGGAACGCAUGGGAAAUGUUUUGCGUUAUCGUUAAAAUUUGAACUCUACUCGAGAUACUUAACAAUUUAACAGCAGGUCCAUUAUAGGUCCGUAAUUAGUAAUCAAUUGAGUGAUUUACAUAGUAAUUUUUUUUAAUUUCAAAUUUUUACGAAAAUCGUAAACAUUUUACGGCCUUUAAAACAUUAUCAUCAGCUUUUUCAUUACAAUGACUAAAUAUUUCAUCCAUAUUAUAUUACAUAAUUAACGGGCAGAACAAAAUACAAGUUUCCUAUACAGACAAUAAUGUACGUGUACAUGAGAAAUAAAGUUAAAAUGGUUACGAUAAAUUUGUGUACACAAAAUUGUAAAUGAAACGCGUAGUUGACUGUAGCGGAGCCGUGUAAAGGGGAUUGUGGGAGCAUAGAUCCCACGGGUCUUUUUGAUGUGCCCAUAAUUUGGUGGUCCAAUUGCGCCGAUAUGAGGGAUGCUGAUUUAGUUCCAGUCUUAUUUGAGCCCCGAUUCUCCACUCCCCGUCCCCCCGAUUCGAACACCGAUCGACCGAUGUCGAUUCCGUAACAUUAUAGCGCAACAUUUAAUAAUAUGACGACAUAUCGUAAUAAUGCCGUUAAUUAAUAUUACGAUUUAGCGUAGCGCGUACUUUUUUUUUUUUAUCGAGCGUAAACAUUUACUUUGUAUACGUGACACGCGCGUUCGGUCGACCGAAAUCAAACGGCAUUCGCUUGGACAACGCAAUACUAAUACCAAUAAUAAUAAUACAAUAAUACAAUAAUAAUUAUUAAUUCGAAUUUAAUAACGCAGUUGACGUGUACGUACACAGACGGCACGCGCCACCGGCGAACAUAUUAUAUUGCGCGUGCGGGCGCGCGCGUUUAAAUUAAAUGCGCAAUAGGACCGGCCCGCACCACACGACCCCGACGGCGCGGCGCAAUGAAAUAUAACCCGUAGUCCGUCUGCGGACGGAAAUAAUAACGACAUAAUAAAUAAUAAACAUCCAGCGAAUAGAUAAAAUUAAUAACACUACAAUACAUUAUCGAAAUUAUAUCGGGUGUUUGUUUUCGGCGUGCGGCCGUGCGUAUUUGCGUUUCCCCCCAUCCUCCCCCCCGUGCGCCGGGCCGGAAGAAUCGAAAAUACAAACGAUUCGAAAAACUCGACGGUUCGUAAAUAGCGCGUUACGGGGUUUUUUUUUUUUUUUUUCGUAGCUUACAAAUUUAUUUCGGCAAGUAGCCCGGCGGUUGAAACGGGAGGGGAGACGGAUGUGUACGUGGUCUCCCUUAACGUUUUAACGUAAAACGAUCGGCUCCGUUUAGUUAAAAGUCUUCGGAGUUCGGUGAUUGUCGCCGAAGCGUUUUUAAUGAAGUUUUUUUAAAAAAAAAAAAAACCCUCGUAUUACUUUUAUUGAAAACGAUUUCCAACUAAUACCUAUAACGGGUUAUACGUAAUAGACGACUUUCAUUUUUUUUUUUUGAAAGGACAAUUCUAUGCGGAAGAGAUGCGUAUAGUUUAUUACUAAAAUAUUUUUAGGGACAAAUGUGCGCGAUUGACACGAGGGUUUAGCAAGUCGUUUUAAAUCAGCGUAAGUAUUUAUCCCCGCGUCUUUUUUUUUUUUUGGUUGAGCUAUUUACGAAUUUCCCGGGCUUCCUGGCGGUUUCCGUCUUUCAACCAUUAUAACGCGACUACUUUUUACCGAAAUAAAAUUGCGAAUUUAACAAAAUACUGAAUAAUUUGUGUUCGCUGUUUCGCGGACGUCUACUGGUUAUUAGUAGGUUGGAUAAAGGAACGCGAUACGUUGCUCAGACAAUGUUGACAUUAUAACCGCGAGAGGUUUCGCCGCAUUAAGAAUAUUUCAAUUGAAUACGAAAACACAUGUAUAUUAUGCUGAAAGAAUUAAUGUAUCCAGGGUGUAUCACGUUAUAAUAUAAAUAUACAAGACCGACAACAAAUAGAAUUUUUAACGCUCUAUACAGUGAAAUUAUGAAUAAAAGCAUCGACGAUUGUGCGGGGAAUGAUUAAUUUUGUUCGGCGGUUGAAAGUAGCGGUUUCCGGACCGAAAAAAAAAAAAAAGAAAAACUUCUAUACGAAAAUAAUAAUAAUAAUUACGCGAUCGUGCGCCCGGCCGCGGCAAUACUGCGACUUCCGGUGACAUCGAAACACCAACAAUAAUAAUAAUAAUAAUAAUAAUAACGAUAAUCGUGCCGUAAUAUCGCUGCUGCUGCUGCGGCGGCGGCGGGGGCGUCCCGUAUAAACUGCACGGUUAGGCCGAGGAGGUCGGCCCGACAUGUAUCGCCUCGGGGCAGCGGCGGCGGCCGCGCGAGCACGACAGACGGCACCGUCGCGCGUCGUCGUGGCCGUCGCUGCCGCCUGGCCGCCGGCGUCCCGUCCGUGGGAUUUGACAUUAUUAUUAUUAUACUGCCGCCGCCGUGCCGUUUUCGCGAUACACAAUACUAUAUUAUUAUACUUCGCUAUUCUAUUAUUUGUCAAUCGCGCCGCCGCCCCGCGUCCGUGGCCCCCGUGCCCGUCCGUGUGCGAACGGCACGUGCGGCUCCGGUCGCGUCGGGCCCACACGCUCUUAUUGCAGUAGUUAUUAAGUUGACAUAAACAAACAAGAAACAAACUAAUUCCCAUUAUAUUGGACUGGUCCGCCGUCACCGCAUUCUCGUCCCGAUCGCCGCGAAACCAUCGCCGCGGGGGGGAUAGGACGUGAAGGGUCGCAGUGCGGCCGUCGUCGUCGCGCCGAUCGGCGGUGACGGGGACAGCGAUCUGCACGUGAACUCUGACGGCGGCGGCGGCGGCGACCUUUGUGCGGGAAACGCUAGCCGUAAACAGGAAAAAAUAAUAAUAAACGAUUGAUUUUUUGAACGGAGAACGUUCGGGCACUGAUUGUCCGGCCGAUCCGUAGCGCGUUCGGGCACUUUGUAGAACACCGGAAACAUAAACGGUCGUCAUCGUUUGAACGCCGAAAAUUGCUUCAUUUUAGUUUCGACGUGGACAAAAAUGUCUCGGUAAAAAAAAGGUCGACGAUUUAACACGAGCCACGCCGUCUGAAUCAGCCAUUUUCCCGCUUAAGUUUGCGUAAUUACGUCCUAAUACCGUUUCGUGUUGAAAGUUUAAAUGUUCAAGAAAACGGAUUUCGCGUACUGCCUAAAUUCUCCGAUAGUUAAAUAGUGUGAACAAACACUUUUUCGGCUCUACGGAGACUGCUCAACAUUAAUCGAGACGUCUAAACGUCUAAACUAAUUGUUAUCGGUUUCGUAGUCGUGAAAAUGAACGCGCGAUUUUCGAUUGUUUUUGUACGCCGCGGCAACGGGAAAAUGCUAAAAUUCUGUCCGCCCCUCCCCCUCCCACUAUAUACGUCAGUGUCCACGACUCGGCGGGCACGUCGUAUAACAAUGAUAUUAUCGCGAUGUUUACAGAACCGCGGUGUGUGUGUGUGUGUGUGUGAACACAUGGGUACUCGCACCGGCCGUGUACAAUCGGACGCGCGUUAUUGCGCGAAACUACGAACACGUCUUCGUUUUGAAAAAAAAGUUUACGUCGCGCGGUCGGGGCCGAUACCGCGGCCCGCACGGUGUUCCGUCCGCGUACCUUGCAAUAUUAAUUCGGCCGAGUUGACAUGUACGGCGCACCGCGGGUAUAAAACGCACUUUUUUUUUCUGUUAAAACUUUCUUAAUAUCCACGCCGCCGUUCGUUUGCGGGCCGUGCCGUUCGCCGCGGCGCAAUUCAUAUUCUACAAGGGUCCAACAAUAUUAUCGUAUACGUGCCCACACAGUUCGCGCGCGUGUAUACGUUUGUGUGUAACAACAUGAUCGUUCGUGUGUCGGUACGAACAAACUUAAAAGUUUACUCGUAAAAUAAAUUAAAUGCCUUUCGUAUAUAACAUUAAGUGUAUAGCAUUUUGUGUGUAAUACGGUUGUUUUUUUUUUUCUACCGUUCCCGUACCUAUAAGUAUAAUAAUAUUAUAAAAAUAACGAACGCAAAAAUAUUACGUACACUACUAAUUUUCCGACAUUUAACGAAUGUUUUUUGUUUAUUUAUUUAUUUUUAUUUUUUGUUGCGUUAUUAUUAAUUUUUUUUUUUUUUUUUAGCGGUUUUAUUGCAUUUAACCGUGGACGUUAUUAUUAUUAUUAUUAUACACACGUACGACAACGUCGUGAUUUCGCUUUUUUGUUGCAUAUACAUAACAAAUUGAACAAUAUAUAUAAAUAAUAUUAUACGUCGACGUUUACAUUAUAAAAUAUAUUCGAAUAGAUUAAGCUCCGAGAAAAAGUUUUUGAUAACUGCAGCGUUGCUACACAGCAAUCAAAACCGAAUUCAAUUAAACGGCAGAAGUUUUAUAGAACUUUAAUGUGAUAUAUAUUUUGUUCGGAGAGGGGAAGGUAACUUUUGACUUUUACAACCGUAUAUAUAUACAGGUAGGUACAUAAUACGUGAUGACUUUAUAUGUACGAGGAGCUUAACUCAGUUAACUGUUAUCCCAACAUAUUAUGUGAAAAGAAUAUUCAUUCGAUUAUGAUUAAAUAAUCAUAUAAUAUUCUAAAUUCUAUAAUCAACCUGCUAUCAAUAUGCAAUAUGCUAUAAAUCGUUCCAAUCCAAUAUUCACUGAAUAAUCAUCAUUAAUAAUUUAAUAUUCUUUAGAUAUUCAAAUUAAAAAUGUAUAGCAUAUUAUAGUAAAACCAUGCAUAAGAUAUGAACAUUCACUUCUUACUUAUUAAAUUAUAUAAAUAGAAACUAUAUUUACAAUAAUUUAUAUGUAUAAUUUUAGUAUCUAUAUAUAAUAAAUAAAAAAAUAGUCAAAAAUAAAUAGUUAAUCGUUUAAUUUUAUAUAUGCUUACCUACAUUUAAAGUAAACCUUUUUUAUGUAAAUAAAAAAUAAAAAAAUACAAUAUAUUUAUAUUGUAUUUUUUCAUUUUAUUUAGAAUGGAAUGAAAUUAAUUCAUAAAUAAAAAUAAUGUUCAUGCAUAGCAAAUUGGUAUAGUAAUUUUUAGCUUUUCACUUGCUUUUUUAAAUCAAAUAUUAGCAACGGUUUCAAUUUAUUUGAUUGUAGUGUUGUUGAAAGAAGAAGAAUGCAUUGCUUCUAAUAUUAAUUAGUAAAAUAAAAUAAUUAUUUUCAAUAAAUGUCUAAUUACUUACUAAGAAGUAGAAGGCGUAAAACUGUUUUAUUAAAUGCAUUCUUAUUUCCUUCAUGGCUGGUAUAGCUAUAUGAUUUGGCAAAUCCAUCGGUCAUAAGUUUUCUUAACAUUCUUCUUACAGUUUCUUUAAAACUGGAGCACACCAAUUCUAGACAAAAUAUCCACCUUUUUAAUAUAUUAUAAAAAAAAAUGUAAUAUAAACCAAUAUAAUAUAACAUAUAAAUAUAAUUUUUAAAUAAAAAAUACAUAAUGGGAAAACACAAAUAACGUUAUGCUCUAUAAAGUAUAAGGUGAUUCAUUUAAAUGGGUACAUUGAUUAUUAACUAUUAUUAUACAUACCUAUUAUUUUUUAUGAUAAUUUAAGGAACACACAGCUCUACAAUUUUACAAUACCAUUAUUUUUGACUAAUACAAAUUUUAACUGAUAAGUUCCCCAAAAAGUGUACUUAAACUGUUUAUUAAUUGUUGAAAUUAUAUUUGAAAUUUUGAAAUCCGGGCGAGGGAGAGGGUGGAUGAUCCGUCUUGUAUUCCCCCCCCCCAUACGGGCGUCAACGGCCGUAUAACAAUGGGCGGUUUUAAACGCAAAAAAGCGACUAUCUUAUUAGCCCGAACGAUGAGUUUACCGCGUUCAAAUAUUAUGUAACCAUUAACUCGGUUAUACGUACUCGAAUUCGUUUCGUCCGGUGCGCCGAACACGCGUGUAAUGUGUACGAUGAGUUGAGCGGCAUAACUAAAUAAUAUUGUAUAUAUUGGUGGACGGCGACGAGUUUAUUUUCGCUCGUUUUGAACCGACCCGAUGAAAUUAGCUGUCUGUCAACGAGGCGGUGGAAAUCAAUUGGCCGAAAACGGAGAAAAGGGUUUACGACCGUUUUACCCGGUGCGCGGUGCAGCUUGUUUUUCUCUCACGACCCGGCCAAAUUGUUUUGUCCGAAAACUCAAUUAGCCGUUACAUUAGAGACCCGCGUGCGGCCCUCUACGCGGACGUUUCUCGAUGAGCGCGCCCGUUUAUUUAACGUGUCAAUCAAAUUUCGAAACGCGUCUUGGUAAUUUGUACCGCCCGAUGCUAUCGCCCGCCGCCUAUACGAGGAAAAAGGUCGCGUAUCACCUGGUAUUUUUCCACCCUUUAAAAUAAUAUAAACAUUCAAAUGUAACGCCUUAUUCUGAAGUUUUUUUUUUAAUUUUUGUUAACACGACGUCUAAAAAUGUGGGUAUUCGUGGAAUUCGGGACUCGGUAAUCGUAAAAUUAAGUUUCGUUUUUCGAUAAUAAUAUUUCGAAGAUAAAAUUAUGUUUUGAACGGCCGUAUUAACUUUAAAUCGAGACGGGGGACGUUUUCCGUUGUUGGGCAGUUAGAAAAGAUACCAAAAUUUUCGAAGAUAACCAAGCUUUCGCGAUGCGUUUACAAGACAACUACAGUUAUAGUGACGUGCCCUGAAGUUUUCAAUGGGAUGGGAUGUAACGAAUAACUCGUAGGAUUUUCCGAAACGAUUCGUCAACGGGAAUUUAAAAGCCCAAUCCGAGAAAACCGAAUUUCUAAUCAGUAAAAUCCUACUUUUUCUUGUUAACUUGGUUGAAAUUUAGUUGAGAUUUUUUCUUUUCACUCAACACGUCUCUAUAUAAUAUCUAGGUACUAUUAAGUACACAUCAUUAAAAAAAAAAAAAAAAAAAAAUCAAUACAAUUAUCUUAUUUAAUAUAAUAUUUUUUCAUUCAAUUAUCAAUGUAUACUUCUAAUAUUAUUCCGGUGUCGUCGUUAUUAUUAAUAAAUAUUCGAACGGACAUAAAUCGAAUUAUAUAUAAAAAAAAAAAAAAAAAAAUGAAAAAAAAAAAAUACUUCCACCGUACAUACACUAACACACUAUACACUUUGGGUAGACGUUCGAACGUAUAUUAACGUUUAUUACGAUCGGCGUUUUUGUCUUCUUCGCAUGCGGUUUUUUUUUUUACGGGUUUUUUUUUUUUUUUUUUUAAUGCCUUAUACCGUUUGGCGGGGAUAAUUUCUGUACAGGUAUAUGUGUAUAUAGAUCGGUGCGUAGGUACCGAUAAUAUUAUUAUUAUGUCGGGCGUAAAACCAAAAUAAUAUCCGAAGGAGGACCGCGGGGAGGUCGAUAUUAUUAUGCUAUUACAGAGAACGAAAAUAACAUCUCCGGCGCGGUAACAAUAAUGAUAAUAAUAAUAAUAAUGGGUAUCCAAUACGUUUAAAGAAAAAAAUAAUGAUAAUAUUAAUAAUACGAGGCGCGCGUGUAUUGUUACAUUUCGGACGGGUAUUGCGCGCGUUACACGUAUACGAACGCGACUGGCGGUAUUACGAUACGCGCACACGGCACAUACACGGCGCGUCCGUUCGAAUUUUACCUGAAAACUCCGACGACGCGUACCCAUAAUAACAUAACGUCGUCACGAUAUUAUACGGGGCGAUGUGUAACGCGAUACGGUUGCCGGAUCGGGUAAUCCGAACUGCGGAGGCGCCGACGUUAAUAAAUAAUACCUAAAUAAAUAAUUCGGCAACAAAAUAAUGGUUUCUUUUUUUCUUUUUUUUUUUAUACGAUACCCGUGCAUACCCAUGUGGACGUACACCACUGGGUUGUUUAUCGCCGACGACGGGAUUUCGGUCGGCAGUGAUAAGACGAUACGCACAAAACACUGCAGUUACGCGCGCGGUGUCGAAAGGGCGUACGGAUCGUCGUAAUAACGUACGAGGACGGGUGCACCGCCCGAUGUGUCACCCCGCCGAGCGCGUAUUGCUCACUCGAAACGAGCCGCGACACGCAAAUGGGGAAACUCUCGGUCCGCCGGAUAUGUACGGUUUUUGGUAUUUUCAAGUACCUGUACAGAAUUAUUAUUGUCCGGUACCUUAUCGACCGACCGCCUCAGGAUGUAAUAUUUCGUCUAGUGUCGACGAAUACCGUACAGUGACGUUGUGUUUACUAUCGAAUAUCGAUAUCGUUGAAAUCGUGUUAAGUAGGACAGUGGAUUUCUAGCAUUUGCGCAUUUAUUUUGCGCAGUCGUAAAAAGAAAAGCCGGUUUGAACGAAAUUUGCUUCACGUUAUACAACAAAGCCGAAUCUACAAUUUUAUGUCGCACAUUUUUACGUAUUUAGGUCUUUUCAAUUUUCGAAACAUUUUAGGAGGUUUUUUUUUAUGCUUUUUCGGAUGUUUUUUUUCGUAAUUUCUUAAGAAAUUAGAUUCACCGAAUCGAAAAUCAGUAAUCAAAUCAUAAAUUAAUGUAGUGAAAAUGUUCUUUGUUAGUGUCAGAAGAAGACAUUUCAAAUUAAAUGUAUUUAAAAAUCAAUCGAUCAACUAAUGUUUACUUAAUUUAAUCAAUAUAAAUUAAAAAUAAAAAUUGCAUUUCCUUAGACAAAAAUGUUUUUUUUUAAAUUUAUUAUAUUUUGGUUAUGGCAUAAAAUUCAAUCGGGUAGGCAGUUUUUUUUUUUAUUUUAGACGUUUUUUUUAAAUAACCAAUAAUUUUUAUAUUAAAUCACUAGAAAAAAAUGUUUAGAAUCUAUUUUUAAUGCGCAAGUAGUGCUCACAUAUUCCACGUUUUUUGUAUAGUUUUACAUGAUGACAUCUGCUCCAUAUAGCGAUAAGCAAUCGCUAAAAGGAUUUCGUUUGCGUCCGUGACGAGUUUCAAGACGUAUAGGGGAGACGUCAACACGGUACCCGGGAUAAAAUAAAUUCGUCGCCAUAUUAUUUAUAAAUGAUUUCGCGCCCCGACGGAUUUCGUAUUUCCUCUUGUCCGCGUUUGAACGAUUUCCGGAAACAACAAUUUUCGGCCGCCGUCAUCGUCGUCGGUAUAUUAUUAUUAUUAUUAUUAUUAUAUUAUAUUGUUAUAAAUAAUAUAUUAUCUCUGUAAACUCGAGUGCCGCCGACUCUUGAACCCUCCGCACGCCACCCCGUUUAAGUACUCCGUGUACGAGAAGAGUACAGUCUAUUAGAAAAACAUAAAAAAAUAAUAACAAACUUCUCUCGUGUAUAUGUACUUACCUAUAUAUAUACACAUAGAUAGGUAAGUAUAAUACUCUCUCGGGGGGAAAAAAAAAAAAAAACCGGUGUUCGUUUAUUCCGACAGGCUAUUAUACGAUACGUUAUUACAUUGUCGCGCGCGUUUCGCGUUCUAUUAUAGAAUAAUAUCCCGUUUAACAAAAUACAAAAUGUACAGAAAAAAAAAAAAAAAAACACUCGGCCGCGGCGACCCUAAUCGACAGAAACCCUCUUAACGUGACAUUAUAUUAUAUUAUAUACGAUUGUGUUAUUAUAACGAAAUCAGAUAACGAAAGAGAGAAAAACACACGCAUACACACACACGCACAAUAAUCAAAUGCCCCUCGCUGAGACGAACCCUUUCCGACCAACUGCCGUACAAUAAUAAUGUAUACUCAUGCUGCAUCAUGUGACCGUUUUUUCGUGUAUACCUAUAUACAAUAUGUGUGUAGGAAUCAUUCUCAUUUAUGUUAUUAUAUAUAUAUAUAUAUAUAUAUAUAUACUCCCCGGAUGUAAUAUAGGUGUCGAACCCGAUUGGCCGUCAAAAGCAUUACCAUAUACGUCUGGAUUGUGGUCCAGAAUGUAAUGCAUGCGGCCAUACAUUGGCAAAUAAUACAAUAUUUGCUGUUAUUUUUAUGAAUAAAAAAUAACCGGUUAAUAUAGUUCAGUCGCCCAAACACAUUUUAUUUUAUUUCGUCUUUAGUUUAUUUGGCAAGUCGGGGCGUCGCCGUGGACGGAAGAUUAGAAAACUGAACCGAACGGAUGCGGUGGGCUCGCUCCUAAAUGUCGAUUGAAUACACAGAUGUUUUGUUUUUUGUCUAAAAAACACGGCAAUUUAGAUCAAUUUUUCGACCAAAGCGAUAAGAAUUCUGAAAAUAGAUUUGAAUUCAGCAUAGUAAAUGAAAUCGGUCAGGCUACUUUUUGAAUAACUAUAUAGACUUCAAUUUACAAAAAUUUGAUUUAAAUGUUUUAAAAUUGAUAAAAAUGUGUAUUCAAAAAAAACUAAAACUAAAUUGAAAACAGCGGCAUCGCCGAUUUCAUGUAUACUUAACGCUGGAUUCAAAUCUGUCUUAAGAAUUCUUAUUGUUUAACGACAUCGAUCAAUUGGCUGUUGGAAAAUUUUUCUAAAUUAGUAUGCUAAGUAUGAGUAAGACUAAGCAAGAAAAUAUCAGAAUCGAAUCCCCUCUAUAUACAGCCAUUAUUGAAGAAAAUAUUAGCGUAAUCAUUAUCUAAUAGAGACAUAUUUUUAUCAAUUUUUGACCCCAGAAUUUGUUUAAAACUACAAACAAAAUUAUAAAUGUUACUUUCAAUUGCAAACAUUGUAAAAGCACCCUUUAUUGAAUUUCAACCCUCUGGCAAGUAGAUUACAUAUUGGACCACGGCCUAAUAUUUAUACUUGAAUAAAACAACUAUAAUAGAAUUGACUGUUUAAAAAAAUAAAAAAACUAAAAUUAUAUUUUUGGUUACACGGAGAAGUUUUGACGACGCGACGAUCCAUACGUCACUGUAAAAUAUACCCGAGAGGGUGCCGAACCAAAUGUGCGCACUCGAAUUAAACGUUCUGCAGAGUGUGUUCGUAUACAAAGCGCCGGGUGACAAAUUUCAUCCCCUUCCUUCCCUAGAAUAUAAUCAAAUAAUGUAUGUAUUCACCUCCCAUAGAACGCAUUAGCCCAACAAACGGGAAACUUACGUAUACUCACGGUAAUAUAAUAUUAUACUUAUUGUUUUCCACGAUAAUAAAUAGUUUUAUGGCAAGUUUUCAUCACUUGACGGACUAUAGCGAUAAUACAUAUCGAAAUUGACGAUUUGAUGGUGAAAUUGAUGAUUUAAUAGCGAAAUAGAUGGAUUUGCAUUUUUGCCGAUUGACGAUUUUUUAAUAUUCGAAUACCUUCUGAAGCCAAACCACGAUACACAUAAUAUAAUAAAACAUAAUUGAGUUGCUUUGUUAAAACCUUGAAACGAAUGUAGUAUAUCGAACUAUUGACAAAUAAAAUAAUAUUGUAUGUCAAUUUGUGAAUUGUUAACUAUAGGUACUUAAAACUACAAUAUUUUGAAUUUCGAACGUUGAAUUUAAAAUUUUAUCCUCUCGGUUUUGUUUUAGGGAAGGACUAUCAAUUUAUCAUCUGAAAAUCAAUACGAAAUUAGCUUUCCCUAAUGUUCCGAUUUAAAUGUUUAACUAUAAUAAGGAUUGUAAAUACUGUUAAAUAAAAGCUUAGACGAUUUGAUCGUAAUGACGGAAAUUAAAAACCAAACAGAAAUCAAAUUCACUCGAAGGGAAAACAGCUGGUUCGUGAUGAAUAAAUCACUCUUUAUACAUUGAGAUAGAUUCGCGACUUAUACACGAUAUCGCUAAACGGAUUGAAGACGCAUAAACGCAAUUCGGGUUGGUUUUUGUGGGCGAACAAAUUUAAUUUGUCUUGUUUUCUGGGGGUUUGCCGAUCAUUAUCGAAAUGUCACGACUUUGGUCAUCGCCCACCCGAGAGUCAAAUUCGUUACUCGAACGUUUGUUUAGUCACUUAAAUAAUAUUAUAUUAUACACAAUUCAUUGUAAUGUCCACCAAACCGUUUCAAUCAAUCGAAUAGACUUUACCUUUGUUUCGCGUACCCUCGGUUGAGAAAUAGCAUAGUAUAAUAAACGCUGAGGUUCAUUGGACAGUACUUAAUUCCUCCAUCCUUUGCACCUUCACCGUAUCAAAGUCUUCCUAUCGAUUCUUCGAUAUUAUACAGCUACAUAAAUAUUUUUAGUUCCUAUCUUCUUUCUCUUUUUUUUUUUUUUUGGACACCAAAAAUUGUUUUUGUUAUACCUAUUACAGUGAUAUUUAUUGAAAGUUUCAAAGUUUUAAAAAAUAUAAAUAAAAUUGCAACGCUAAGAUUAUGAUGUAUACAAAGACAUUGCGCGCGGUAUAACUUGAUUUUCAUUAAAACAUAAACGUUUUAGGUUAGGACAAAACUUAUUUCCGCAUAAACACUAUUACCGGUAUAUAAGUAAAAUCGUAUUAAAAAAUAAUAUUACUGUGUGCCGUCGUAAUAACAUCGCGGGUAGGAGAGAGAGAGAAAGAGAGAGAGAGAGAGAGAGAAAACUUAAUAUUAUAUUUUCUUGCGAGAUAACUAUAAUUGGUUUUCGUCACGUUCUUUACACCACCGACGUGAUUGCAUAAAGCCUACACGCGUAUUUCCUGCGAUGCAGUCGCUAUAUUAUUAUAAAAAAUAAAAUAUUAAAAUAACAAUUCGAUUAACAAAUCACGGAAAACGACGAUUUUUUUUUUUAUAUUAUAACAUUUAAAUUGAAUAAAUCUGGAAAAAACGCUGUGUGUCAAGUGUAGUGUCUACCUAUAUACAAUAUAUAUAUAUUAUAUAUGUUUAUAUUUAUAUACGUAAACAUCAAAGGUUUUUCGCCCUUUUUGUUAACGUCAAUUUUCUUUUCGACUUUUAAAAAAAAAUAAUAAUAAUAAUAAAAAAAAAAGGAAAAAUAAACGGGUAAAAGUAUAAUAUAUAAUAUUUACGCUGGUCGCAUUGAGAACGUUUUAUGUCCCAGUAAUCGGUAAAUUAAGUUACGCUCUAGAAAAAUGGAUAUAAAUCGAGUUAGCCAAGGUAUUUUGUCUUUCUCAUUCCGGGUUGUUCAUAUACACACACACACCCACGCACACACGCACAUAUAUAUAUAUAUAUAUAAAUUUUAUUUUUUAUUUUUCCUACGACGGCCAUGCUGGUUUUCCUUGCCGUGUUUUAUUAAGUUUGCUUUCAUUUUUAUUUUAUAUAUUUUUCUUCGCCUAACCCCCGAACGUUUACUAUAUAUAAUAAUAAAAAAUAUAAGAAAAUCAUUUUCUUUCGAAACCCCGUGAAAUGGCGAGGUGCGAGACAUGUUUUUUUUCUACCCAUAUUCUACCCAUACCCUCCUUAUAUAUAGCUAUACCCGACCCGUCAUAUCAUUAUUUCCAGAAACUAUAAUACUGCAGCAAAGAACCCAUUUUUUUUUCCCGAACAUACAUUUUUUUACUUUUUUCCGUAUAGAAUUCGAAAAUGUCGUUAGCAGAUUUGACUAUAAUACACGCACUGUGAAGUAUUCCUUACGAUGGUUUUUUGUCGAAAUAAUUUCUUUUUUUCAGCCUAUUCUGUAGGCUCCUUACUCGGAAUUAUUAAAUGCGAUUUUUUAAAUAUAAAAAAUAUUGUAUUGUUUCAAAACAUUAAAAUAAUUUAUAGAAUUAUUUAUAACGGGACAAAUUUAAUACGUAUAAUAUGACGUUUAAUGAUGGUCAAAUGUUCGUGUUCGCAGGUAUGGUUUCAGAACCGCAGGGCCAAGUGGCGCAGACAAGAGAAGAUGGAGGCGGCCAGGCUGGGCCUGAACGAUUACGUGCACUCGACGAUGGCCGGUUCGCUGAGCCGGAUGCCCGGCUCCAGCCUAGCGCUGCCUGUCGACCCGUGGCUAUCGCCGCCGCUGCUGUCCGCGCUUCCCGGUUUCCUGUCGCACCCGCAGACCGGUUACCCGAGCUACCUGACGCCGCCCGUGGUGCACAGUCCGUCUUCCAUGAAGUCACCCCCGUCGCCGCAACAUCAGCAGCAGCAGCAGCAGCAGCAGCAGCAGAUGGCCGCCGUCACGCCGCCGUCGUCGUCCUCGCUGUCCACGUCGUCAUCGUCCACGGCGUCCGCCGCGGACCCCAGGACGUCCUCAAUCGCGGUGCUCAGGCUCAAAGCCAAAGAACACGUCGAGUCCAUCACCAAAGGCAUGCAAAUGGUUUAAUAGGUCCCGAGCGUACUCGUGUUUUUGUUUUUUCGGACACCGACCGCGCGUAUAAUAAUAAUUAUUAUAUAGGUAUACCGAAAAUAAAACACACCGCGCGGCGUCGUGUGACGUCCGUCGCUCGUCCGUCGGUUUUUUUUUUAGUUUUACGCGUAUGUAUAAUACAUCAUAUACUAUCGGCGUGUCCUCGUCAAGACUUGUGCUGCACAGAUUCGUCGAAAAAAAAUAUAACGACCGCGAUAAUAUACGCGCGUACGUACCUACGGCCGCGACCGGAC